GAUUCUCCCACAGUUCAGAUGAACAGAACAGGCAUGUCUGAACUGACCUUGACCCUUAAGGCCAUGGAGAACUCUUCAACCCAAGUGUCAUCCCCAACAGUCAAAUCCCUGUCUCUGGCAUCAGGGCCAAGCGUUAACUACAAACCACACGAACAGACUGUCAUCACUGUGAAGAAUGAAGAGAUAGGAACACGAGGUCAGAUCUUACACGUGACUGCCAUCAUGAACCCAUACACUUCACAGAAAGUCACCUUGGUGGAGGCCUUACAGAGCGGUCUCAUUGACCCCAAGACCAAGACAUUCAUUGACCCAUCAACACAUCAGCGAAUGUCUCUGCUCCAGGCGGCCAAGAAAGGGUUCAUCGAUGAGGUCAUGCUGAAGCAACUAACAUCACCAUGUGGCCUUCUGGACCCUCAAACCGGACGAGAGAUGUCCCUCAUUGAGGGGAUACAAAGUAAGCUUUAUGACCCCAACAGCAACACAUUCACAGACGCUACCACGGGAGAACGGGUCUCCGUCACCGAGGCUGUGUCGCGUGGCAUCAUUUCAGAAUCAUGCUCACGACUUUUAUCCGGAGAGAAACUUGAGCUGACUUCAGUAACACACACGCAGGCUGUAUUUGCCAACUCUGAGCCCAUUAAGAUUAGUUCAGGACUCAGCCUAGGGAAAAUCAUUGAGAAGGGGUUGUACAGUGAAAUCACAGGGAAGGUGACUGAUCCUCUGUCCAACACAGAUCUGACCAUAAUGGAGGCAGUGGAGAGGGGUUACAUUAAUCCUAACUAUCAGGAGGUUGAAGACCCCACCACAGGGAACUACAUCACUCUGACCGAUGCCGUCAGGGAUGGAAUCAUUGAUCCAUUCAAAGGAACUUUCAAUCAGGCGUCCACCAACCAAAAGUUGUCUCUGUCAGUUGCCUUGGGCAAAGGGCUGGUUAAGACGGCAACAUCUUUGUCCGACCAUGUCUCACAAGGGAGUCUCACAGAAGAUGGGAAAGUAUUUGAUCCUCUCUCUGGUCAGAUCAUGACUAUUGCUGAAGGAUUAGAAAAUGGUACCAUCAGUAAAGAUAAGGCAUGUAUAUUAGUUCCAAAUACCAACAAGGUCAUCUCCAUCAAUGAAGCCAUACAGAAAGGGAUCAUGACCCCUUCUGGUCUUUUUGUGGACACUGCAGACAAUUCCAAACAUUCGGUCUUAGAUGCUGUAAAAAGUGGCCUUGUGAAACUGGUUCAUGAAGAUGUUGAGUUUUCCAGACUCGGUGUUAAAGACCCAAGAACGUCCGAAGUGAUCACAUUGUCCGAAGCCAUCAAAAGAAAAAUAAUCUCCACCCAUGGCACUUACGUAGAUAGCAGAACUGGCCGGGAAAUGAGCCUGCAACAGGCAGCCAGUUCUGGAUUAAUGGACCGGAACCUUGUCAAAGAUCUAAAUAAACCAACAAGCAUCAAGGAUGCUCAGGGCAAGAACAUUUCUGUAGCGGAAGCACUUCAGAAAGGUAUUUUGGACCCAGAAACAGGUACAGUGGAGGACCCAAGGACCAAAGAGAAACUAACAAUGCAAGAGGCAACUUCAGCAGGAGUCAUCACUGCCAACGAUGCCACUAACAUUCUCAGCUUGAUCAGCCCCAUGAUGACAUCCACCACUGUGCUAACACAAAUUGAACAACCCCAGAGACCAGCUGAGGCCCUAGCCUUUUCCCAAGCAGUGUCAGAGGGCUAUGUCAAUGAGAAAGCUGGACUCUUCAAAGACCCUAAAACUGGUGAUAUUAUGAGACUAGAGGAAGCUGUCCAAAGAGGCCUUUUAAAAUUAUCUUCAGAAUGGCCAUCGCCUCCAUCUUUAUCAAAGCAAUUUGAUGAGACAGAUGCUAGAUCUCAUCAUAUCGUGUCAGACACAUUUAUGACACUGACAUCUGGGGACCAAACCAGGAGUAUUCCUAUCCAGCCUGGAUCCAAGAAACUUGAGUCCAGCUACAUUACAAAGACAGAUUCCCAAUACUCCUUUACCACGACAGUUCUAGCCAAACCUCUCGUGAUGCAAUCAGUGAUCUCUGAAACAAGAGAGAUCAAUCUUAAGUCGGUGAUAGACAGGAGGACAGGCAGAGAGUUGGAUGUGGACGAUGCCAUCAAGAGGAAACUCAUCAAUCUGGAAAAGGGACAGUACACAGAUCCUCUCACUGGAGAGACCAUGCCACUGAAUAAAGCCAUCGAGAAGGGUUACAUCAAGGCAGAGGAGAUGGCCGGCAGUCAGAAAGGAGGUGCUGCCGUGAAAGAGACGAGAGCCUUCUCCAUCGUUGGGGUCAUCCAUCCUCAAACAAAGAAACGUAUCACGGUGGGCCAAGCCAUAUCAGAAGGCAUUCUUGAUCAAGCCAAGGGUAUCUACAAUGGCUGGGAUUCACAAGGAAGAUCAAAAUCAAUGAGGAUAAGUGAAGCCAUUGAAAAGGGCUUUGUCAUUGUAGAGGACGUUGUCGAAUCAGCGGUGGGUCCUGACUCUUUACUGAGGGAAACAAAAUCAUAUAUUUUAAAAACAGUUUUACAUCCCGUCACUAGGAAACACUUGAGUAUUGCCGAUGCCAUUGCGGAGGGUAUCAUCAAUGAGUCUGAAGGGCUUUACAUCAACACUCUGACUGGAGAGAAGAUUCCCAUCCACGAAGCCAUAGAGAGGGGCCUCAUCUUUGCCCAGCUGUCCUCUGUUAAGACCGAUGUUGAGGCUGAUGUCAACAGAAUCACUACAACAAAGCUGACUACUCUGUCCGUCACAGCUGUCGUAGACCCACGCACUGGAAAACUUCUCUCUGUUUCCAAAGCAGUGGAGGAGGGCGUCCUGGACCAGACCAGAGGCAUUUACUUGAAUCCUCAAACUGGUGAGUCCAUGACCCUUGGGGAUGCCAUAGACAAGCGACUUGUGCUUGCGGAGUCACCAGAAGCACAGUCUGAGGACCCCUUGGAGAGGGCUGAAAUCUCCAGCAUCCACAUCACAGAUGAUCAUGAAUACACAGACACCACUCUGAUGGAGGACAUUCACUCUGAAACAGUCACAAUGAGCAUCACCAGUGUUAUUGAUCCAAGGACAAUGGAAAUGGUGUCUUAUGACCAGGCUGUCCAGUCUAGGAUACUUGAUGUCAAGAAAGGAGCAUACAACAACCCAAUAACUAAAGACACCAUGACCAUCACUGCAGCCAUGGAAAGAGGCUUAAUUCAUGGGGAGGUCACCUCUAAGAGGCGAGAAGAGAACACUAUGAGAAGCAGUGUAUCAGCCGCCACUCCAUUAAUCCCUUUAAAGGAGGUGACUUCAGUUAUAGACCCCAGGACAAGAAAGGAGAUUUCUUUGGAUAAGGCUCUUAAGGAUGGUAUCAUAAAUCCUGAUAAAGGAACCUAUUACAAUCCUGUUACACAUGUAGAAAUUGACUUAGCAAAAGCCAAGGAAUUUGGAUAUCUUCUCGAGUCCAAAGCAUCUAAUGCUGCCCAGAUGGAGCAGUCUCUUGAAGAGGGGAAUCUGCUUGAGGCUCAGCUUUCAACACCUCGGGUACCAAAAGAUUCCUCCAAGCCAUGGUCUAAAAUUGACAUGGAAUUAGAAAAGACUUUUGCCCAGGAUGAAUCAACUGCAGAUAUUUCUCCAGCAACAGAAGUUCUCCACUAUACAACAGAGGUUGAAAGCAAAAAUGUUGAGAGCUCUAAUUUAACUGAUGCAUCAGAAGCCAUCAGGGGUUCAGAUACACCUCUGAAGACUGCCAGUGGAAUGUCCUACAUGAAUGCCUUAAAACUCGGACUUGUAAACCCAAGCACUGGAAAAUUGAGGGAUCCUAAAACUGGUGAAUGGUUGACCCUGCAAGAAGCCAUAGACAGGAAAGUUAUUGAUCCCUCUCUGCCAGCCCUUGAAGACCCUAGUUCUGGAAAAACACUUACACUGAAAGAAUGCUUCAACAGAAAUAUUAUCAACCCCAGAGUUGGAAAACUUGAUAUGACCAAAGCUAAACAGGCUGGCCUAACAGAGAAAGCAAUUCCACAGCCAGUAGAAUCUGUUCUGGAAAGAAAUUUAAUUGAUGCAGUAUCCAGUGGUCUGUUCAACAUCAUCACUGGAAAAUUUCUUGACCCGAAAUCGGGUCAACGUUACACACUGCAAGAGGCCAUUGAUAAGGGAAUCAUAGGGGGUGAACUGGUCACUGUAAAAGAUACAUCAACGGGAGAAAGAAUACCCCUGGGGCUGGCUGUGAAGAAAGGUCUAAUCAAUGGAACACGAGCUGACGUCUAUGACUCUGCUGAGAGAACUACCUUACCACUGACGUUGGCUAUUGAGAAAGGUUUAGUGGAAAAUGUGUACGAUACCAAGUCUGGAUCUGUUAUCAAUAGAAAAACAGGAGAACUUAUCCCGCUGAGGAAAGCCAUAUUGGAAGGGGACCUCAAAUCAGAGAAAGUUGUUGUUCAAGAUUCAAUCACAGGAGAGAAAGUGUCAUUUGACGUAGCUAUAUCCAGAGGACUUGUAGACAAAUCAGGCUCUGUAGUUGACAAAGAGACAGGGAAGAAAAUGUCACCACAGGAAGCCCUUAAGCUGGGCCUGAUGGCCAUAGUUGGAGCCCCUGUCAUUGCCGGCAAAAUGGUGGUGGAUGCAAUUAGGGACAAAAGUCCAACAAAAACUGGACCUUCAUUUUCUGAAAGUAGAACAGAAACAUCAAAGAUGACCAAAACAAUCUUCCAAUCAACACCAUCACCUCCUAUUGAAGAAAUUCAAACAAAAGUAGUUCAUGUCCAAAGAGAUGGCAGAAGUGUCCCUGCGUCACCAACUGUGGGUGUGGUAGGUCAGAAAGUCACAAUCACAGUAGAUCCUGGUACCCCAGAUAUCUCCUCAGCAUCUAAAGUGGGAGAGCCUGUGACCAUUACACUCCAGCAGACGCCACUGAGACCACCCAAGCAAAAGUCUGUAGAAAAACAAAGCGGGUUUGCACCAGCAGGUUCUGAAUUUAGUACAGUUUUAGAAAUAAAAACCAUCUCAGUGGACUCCCCAGAUACUAUUGAACUGUCCCCAUCAUCACCUUACAUCACAUCAACCCCAGUCCUCAAGUCUCCAGCAGCACAUUCAUCUGUCACUAAAACAUUCCAGCAGUCCAGUAGAGAAACUGUGGAGUCUGUCUAUUCACCUCAGUCAGGGGAUCUGAAAACAAGAAAGUUUAAAGAAGCCUCAAUGAAAGAUCUUGAGAUUAACUGGGAAUCAGGAACAGUCAUUGACCAACUAACAGGGGACAAGAUGACAGUCACUGAGGCGGUACAAAAAGGUCUCAUCGAUUCGGACAUGGUUGAAGACCUUGCUCAAAAAUCCACCACUAAGUUCCACGUGACACCUCAGAUUGAGAUCAACUGGGAAGAUUGUUCUAUUUCAGACUCCUCUACAGGCCAGUCCUUCAGCAUAGAGAGAGCACUACAGAGGGGAUUGAUUGAUCAGCCCACAGCCUCGGCUUUAGCCACUGUUACAGAGACAAACACAAUGCUGUCAACAGAAAAGAAGCUCCAGGUGACAUCCUCUACAGAACCUUACACAUUAAACAAUGCCAUCAGAGAUGGAAAUUAUGACUCAACUACUGGAAAAAUCAUAGACCCAAGGACAGGAUUGCAGAUGUCUGUCAAAGAAGCUAUCCUUAAAAAAGUUAUUGAUGGGAAGGAGUCGACUGUGGUCAAUCCUCAAACUGGCCUACAGACAUCCUUGCAGACUGCCAUUGAUGCCAAUGUUUUUGAUCCGCUGAGGGGAGAACUGAUUCACAAAGGCACAAAAGAAAGAAUCCCAUUGCAAGAUGCUGACAUACAAGGCCUCAUUCCAGAUAAAGAAACAGGCAUCUCACAGACUGUGUCAGUCUCUCAAAAACCACUGACAUUGAAACAAGCUGUUUCCAAAGGUUAUGUCAAUGAGAAAAAUGGCACAUAUACAGACCCCCUGUCUGGAGAAACUAUUUCCAUUGCUUCAGCAGUUGAAUAUGGCCUCAUCUCAUCUUCCAGUGUACCACCCCCAGUAGCCCCUAAAACAAAGAGUCCACUUAAACAAUCGGUGUUGACAGAGAGAACCGAGGCAUACCAAGAGGAGGUGAAAGUUGUCAGGACAAGAUCCCCCGACAAGCCAACCGCUGAUGAUGCCAAAAGGUUGUCUUUUGGCGAAGCUCUUAAUAUGGGCUUUAUUAACUUGGAAGACCAAAAUUACAUUGACCCCAAAUCUGGACAGAGAAUGGCUCUCCUGGACGCCAUAAGAGAUCAGCUGAUCGAUACUGAACUGGCCACAGAGCCACAGCAUAGUCAGGGCAUCAGUUUGUCAAAAGCAAUGGAUGAUGGUCUGUAUGAUGAUAAAAAAGGUGUUUUUCAUGACCCUCUCACCAAGAAGGAUCUUACACUACAACAAGCUGUAGCCAGUGGUAAAAUUGAUGGUAAUUUUACGGUCUACGAUGUGAAGUCAAAAGAGAUCUACACUUUAGAGGAAGCUCUUCAGGAAGGUAAAAUAGAUCCAAAGUCUGGCAAAUUCAUUGAUGAAGAGACUGGUAAACAAAUGACACUCAAAGAAGCGGCUAAAUAUGGAGCUCUUGCCAUUGUUGGUGCCCCAUUUGCUGUCGCUAUGGCGGCAACAGAGUCAGUCUCAGGAUUCAUAGACAGUAAGAAAAAGAAGCAGGUCAACACCCCUGAAGAACAUGAAGCUCCCGGCAUUUCAUUCCAAGCCUCUACUGUGCGCCGCAUGUCUUCAAACCUCCUGGAAAUAACACAGUUGCAACAAACCAUCCCAUCAAGUGACGUCUCGGAUACAAUGACUCUUCACGAGGCAAUUUCCAGUGGCUAUUUAAAUCCUAAGACUGGUGUGUUUAAAGAUCCCAUCACUAACAAGGCCAUGGAAGUAAGUGAUGCCAUCAUGGGUGGGCUUAUCAAGAAAGACUCGGCCACCAUCAAAGAUCCCCACACUGGAAAACAAGUCAAUUUAGAGGAUGCUCUAAGACAUGGGGUCAUUGAUGACAAAGGCCAUGUGGUGGAUCCAAAAACUGGACAUGCCAAAAAUAUCGACCAGUGCAUCAAAGAUGGAAGUCUCAAAGAGACGCCAUCAUUGCCAUCCAAUGAUGGGGUCAGUAUUUUCUCUAAAACCACAGAGAAGAUUCAAGUGGACGGUGUCUAUGACCCUGAAACAAGACAGGAUAUUCCACUUGACCAAGCCAUCCACAAGGGUAUUGUUGAUUUGAAAAACAGUGUCUAUGAGAAUCCACUGACAGGUGAGAGAAUACCCAUUUCUGAUGCUGCCAAUGAAGGCUUAAUUAAGGGCAUGGUGAUAGAAAAACUGACAACAAAAGAGGAGACAAAAGCUGGUCACACAUCAGAGGUGGCCUUUUCUGAGAAGAAGCUUCUGCAAGUGGAUAGCGUAACAGACACACACACUGGCAGGACCCUGACAUUAUCACAAGCCCUGAUCAAAGGAAUUAUUGAUGAGGAAGCUACGUACUUCAAAGACACAGAGCAAGGUACUGUCAUACCAUUGGAUGAGGCCAUCCACCAUGGUCUUGUAGCUGCCAGGGAAGUUGAACCUCAUUUGGAGACUUUGGACGGCCACCAUUCUACAAUCACUCAGACCGCAUCUUUCAAAGUGCAAUCCGUCAUAGAUCCAGUCACUGAAAUAGAGAUGUCGGUGGCUCAGGCCAUCGAGCGCGGUGUUCUCAAUGUCGCAGAUGGUACUGUGACCAUCAGCCAAGCCGGAGAGUCCAUCUCUCUGGGUGAGGCUCUAAAACAAGGAUUCCUUAAUGGGCAAGAGACAACUACAAACACUGUGGAGUCAGUCGGCGGAUCGUCUAAAGGUCAAGGAAGGGAGGUCUUUGAUCCUGAAACUGAAGAUUAUCUCACUUGGAAUGAAGCCGUAAGGAAAGGAAUAAUCGAUCCCGCCACUGGAACGUAUCACAUAUCUGACAGUCAAAGUAUGACAAUAGUUCAAGGAGAGAAAGAAGGCAUGAUCACUAAACAGACUUUGACAAAAUCUAGGUCGGCCCAAGAAAAAUCCUGUGACAUAUCCUCAGUUUAUGAUCCUGUCAAAGAUGAACAUGUGACCAUCAGUGAAGCGGUUUCAUCUGGUCUUCUUGAUUUAAAAUCUGGUACGUACAAUGAUCCUGCCAGCCUGGACCCUGUGCCCAUCAAAGAGGCCUUCGAGCAAGGACUCAUUAAAGGAAAAGUGAAAGAUAAACUGGCAUCGGGCAUAGUAAUUGUAGGUGACUACAAAGUGAAGUCAGCCAUGGACACCAGAAGAAGCCAGUCAGUGUCUGGUAAAGAUGCCCUACUGAUGGGAAUACUUGAUAAAAGAAAUAUCCAAUACAUAGACAAGAAGUCAGGAAAGAAGAUGAGCAUUUCUGAGGCUGUGAAAAAAGGCCUUGUCAUUUUGGAGUCCGAUGUACCAGAACCAGUAGUGACAUCUGUAACCCAAAAGUCAAUGACCAUCACGGCAGUGGUAGACCCAGCUACAGGAUAUGAACUGACCAUGUCCGAAGCUAUUGGUCAAGGUAUCUUUGACCCAGAUCAGGGAGAACUUAUCAAUGUCCACACAGGCGAGCACAUUUCCUUGGACAAAGCUAUCGACAGAGGACUCAUCAGUGCAGAAGUAGAAGAAGGAGAAAAAGAACAAGAGGUUGCCGUCAUCAAUGGUGUCUUAAUAACAGAGGUUUCAGAUCCUCAGACAGGGAAGCCAAUCCCUAUAGCAGACGCCAUCAAGUCAGGCAUCCUAGAUAAAGAAAAUGGUGUUUACAAUGAUAGAUCUGGACCCAUUUCUCUUAGGGAAGCUCUGAAACAUGGUUUGAUUGAUGGCAAAGACACAGCAGAGACUGGACUCACUGAGCAGACAAAGCAAGAUGCCAAACAAAUCAAUGUCUCCAAAGUCCAUGACCCAGACACUGGUCAGAAGGUUGGCCUGGCAGAAGCAAUUGAAAAGGGACUUGUGGAUGACAAUUGUACUGUGUUUAACAAUCCAGUAACUGGUGUGCAGAUGCUGAUUGAAGAUGCCAUGAAAGAAGGUCUCGUUGCAGGCACCAUACAGACAGUUUCAAAAUCUCAGACGACAGUUACUUCCAAGAAACCAGUAGGUAGCUACAAUAUAACAGGAGUGAUUGACACUGAGACGGGCAAGGAAGUGAGUGUCGAAGAGGCUAUAACCAGUGGCAUCCUUGAUCCAUCUGGGAAAUACACAGACACGCUGACAGGAGACAUCAUUUCUCUGGCUGAGGCCAUGAAGCUUGGACUUGUUGUCUCAGAGAAGCUGCAGAAAUCGCCCCAGUCAAGCAUCAUUGCUGAACAACGAGGUGGUGAAGACUACAUAACAUUUCAUGAUGCCAUGCAGCAGGGACUUAUUGACCCAAGUACUGGUACUUUUUUAGAUGAAGCCUCCCAGAAGAUGUAUUCUGUGGAUGAAGCUGUAAGGACCGGACUGGUCGUUGCAUCUGAUGGGAGGCCAUUUGAAUACAAAGGAAUCGGAGAAACGGGCAUAACUUACAGCUUCAAAAAUGCACUCCAGACUGGCAUUAUUGAUUCAGAAACAUGUUUGUUCUAUGACAGCAUCACAGGAGACACAAUAUCCAUUGAAUCGGCCCUAGAAAAAGGUUAUCUGUCCCCCAUUGCCGGGGCUUAUGGCGCAAGAGCUAUUGGGGAUUCGGUCGUCAUUCUGAAAGAUGGUGUGGCCCCUAGUGCAGCAUCCAACUUAGAGGAAAUAUUGGACUCCAGGACUGGAGAAAAACUGAGUCUGACAGAGGCAGAAGAAAGGGGCCUCGUAUCUGUAGUGAAGACAGAUAACAAACUGGCAUUGCAUGAAGCCAUCUUAGGUGGCCUUGUGGAUAGUGACUCUGGCCUGUUCCAUGACCCUGUCACUGGUGAGACCCUACCAAUAGAUGAGGCCGUCCUCUUUGGGUUUAUAUCCUGUGACGAAAGUGACUCAGACAGUGACGUAAUCCAGAAUGGAGAUGUUGGUUUUCAUCAUGUCAAUGGUGUGGAUUCCAUGAACCUGGCUGCCGCCAUAACACAAGGUUACAUAGACACGGCCACAGGCCGCUACACUGACCCCUACACACAGGAAACAGUCACAGUUACACAGGCUAUUAAAAGGGGUCUUCUGAAGCCAACUCUUACUGUGGGUGAAACAGUUACCACCAAUGAAUCUUCCGUAGUUGAUGGCAGGGCAGACACUGUUGGAUUAUCAGCCAAGACCACUAAGGUGGAUUCUGGAGUGGUGUCUAAAAUUGCUAAAGACAGUGCUUCUUCACCUGGAGUCUCCCAGAGAGAAUCAAUAAAAGGCUUGCCAUCAUUGAACCAGAAACAGAGUGUUUCAAGUGAUGAAUCUAAAGGACUCUUGUCAAAGGACAAUGUCAAUGGAGCUCCUCAAGUGCAAGAGCUCAAGAAAAAAGCUCUUAAGAAUGCCAAUGACCAAUUUAUACCUAAGGAUAAGUCACCAGAUUCUCCACCAAUUACCCCCGUAAGUACUUUUCUUAUGUUGCUUCUGUUGAGUUCUUUUUUACAAUUAUCUUUCAAUGUUUUCAUGUUGAGAUUUGUAUAUUCUGUUUCAUCAUUGUAUGAAACAUUUUAUAUUAUAUUGCAAAAACCAUUUGUUGAGAGUUUGUUUCAAUUUUUACCUGUAGCUAUUAACCAUUGGUUGCAAUGUUUCAUCCUUACCUUUUUAUUUACAUAUUUUUUUUUACAUGUUAAUUUUAGUUGUUCUUACAAUUUUUAUGUUUUAAAUUGAUCAUUUUCCUGAGCUUCAUAUGUAUCAGAAAACAAUAUGUUUGCAGAUAUGUAUGCAUAUUAAAUAAAUAAAGUUCCGUCGUCACUUGAUUGAAGUUAAUUACGAGGAUAAAAUUGUUUCUUCCGUCAAUGCUUUGUUUGUCCUUUCUCAUUGUUUUCUUUUUACCACCAUAUCAUUUAACACAAGUUGUUAGUAUGUCUAUGUGCUCAUAAUGUCUUACUUUCAAACUCCUGUCAGUUGUUCCCUAUUGAUUUUUUUCCAAAUUUUGAAAUAUUAUAAAUCACUUUAAUAGCUGUAUAAUUUAUGUAAAUUGUGAAAAGACUCCACACACUUUAGUCUCUAACAGUAUAGCAGUCUACAUUUACAGCCAGCCUAAAAUGCCAAAUAAUGUACACAUGUAUUCUACUUAGUCUUAGAGUUGGUCCGUCGUCAUAAUCUAGGUAGAGAUUAUUGUACUGUGAUUAAUGCAUACUUAAAAAUUCAAUUGCUAAGACUUGUUUUUAUCUCUUCACCAUUGAUUGCUCUACUUCCAGGACACGGCUGGUAAUUCCAUUAGUCCCAACAUUCCUUUAAGUUCUAUCAUUAACUCUCCUAGCCCCGGUCUCAAUCUUGAUGGCACAAUUGAAUAUCUUGAUAAGUUUACAUUAGUACAAGAAAACACACUCAUUAGUAGUCCCAUAGAAUUCAGUAGUUCAGAAAAUGACUCUAGAAGACAAAAUGAGCCCAGACACAUACCAGAUGAAGACACAAGGACAGAUGAUGAUAAGUACAAGGAUUUUAUGAAAGAAUCCAGCAGAAGUAGAUCAUUGUUUCAAGAAGAUUUCAUCCCUCUGGAUGUCUCUAACUUCCCACUUGGUACCAAAGGAACAGAACUUUGUGCACACACUACUGAAGUCUUGUCUUCUGGUGGUUUAAGUAGUUUGGUCAGUGAUGCCAUCCCUAGUAGAAAGGAGGCAAUUAAACAAAAAUCUCUGGUUCAGAAUAUAAGCAACAAUGAAUAUCAAACAAAAACUGGGGGAGUUCAGACAGUACUAGUUGGCCAUGAAGGUACAGAAGGUAGAAUGACCACUAUGACAAGAAUAGAGGAUUUCAAGGAAACUGAAAUUAAACUGAGCAUUCAGACAGGAAUUGAUUGUCACAAGGAUACUGAUAUCCUAAUGAGUGCUCAGACGGGAAUUGAUAGUCCCAAGGAUACUCUUAUCAAAAUGAGCACUCAGACAGAAAUUGAUAGUCACAAGGAUACUGAUAUCAAAAUGAGCACUCAGACAAGAAUUGAUAGUCCCAAGGCUACUGAUAUCAAAAUCAGUGCUCAGACAGGAAUUGAUAGUCACAAGGAUACUGAUACCAAAAUGAUCACUGAGUCAGGAAUUGAUAGACACAAGGAUACUGAUAUCAAAAUCAGCGCUCAGACAGGAAUUGAUAGUCACAAGGAUACUGAUAUCAAAAUCAGCGCUCAGACAGGAAUUGAUAGUCCCAAGGCUACUGAUAUCAAAAUCAGUGCUCAGACAGGAAUUGAUAGUCACAAGGAUACUGAUAUCAAAAUCAGCGCUCAGACAGGAAUUGAUAGUCACAGGGAUACUGAUAUGAAAAUGAUCACUGAGUCAGGAAUUGAUAGACACAAGGAUACUGAUAUCAAAAUCAGCGCUCAGACAGGAAUUGAUAGUCACAGGGAUACUGAUAUGAAAAUGAUCACUGAGUCAGGAAUUGAUAGACACAAGGAUACUGAUAUCAAAAUGACCUCUCAGACAGGAAUUGAUAGUCACAAGGAUACUGAUAUCAAAAUGAGCACUCAGACAAGAAUUGAUAGUCCCAAGGCUACUGAUAUCAAAAUCAGUGCUCAGACAGGAAUUGAUAGUCACAAUGAUACUGAUACCAAAAUGAUCACUGAGUCAGGAAUUGAUAGACACAAGGAUUAUGAUAUCAAAAUCAGCGCUCAGACAGGAAUUGAUAGUCACAAAGAUACUGAUAUUAAAAUAAGCACUCAGACAAGAAUUGAUAGUCGCAAGGGUACUGAUAUCAAAAUGAGUGGUCAGACAGGAAUUGAUAGUGACAAGGAUAUUGAUACCAAAAUUAGCGCUCAGAUGGGAAUUGAUAGUCACAAAGAUACUGAUAUUAAAAUGAUCACUCAGACAAGAAUUGAUAGUCACAAGGGUACUGAUAUCAAAAUGAGCACUCAGACAGGAAUUGAUAGUCACAAGGAUACCGAUAUCGAAAUGAGCACUCAUACAGGAACUGAUAGUCACGGUGAAUCUGACAUUGAAUUGAGCUCUGACGCAGGAGUUUUUAAAGAAUCUAAUGACAUAACAAUUCUGGAAGAAAUCACUAUUUCGAAACACAAUGAAGCUGAGAAAGUAACCAUUCCUGAUGAACAUUACUUGUUUGAUGAAGACUUUCACACAAUGCUAUUAUCUUACACAACUAACAUUCUGAAAAGCUUUUGGCAUGCAGAAACAGAAAAAGUAGUUCACCCUAAGAAAGGAACUCAGCUUGGUUUGCAAGAAGCUCUUGGAUGCUCUGUUUUACCUAGGAUUCUUCAAGUUCGACAGUUUCAGGAAGAAGAACCCGUAAGUAUUACAGAUGCCCUAGCUUCUGGCCAGAUCGAUCGCAAGACAGGAAGAGUGGUUGAUAUGAAUUCUGGUGGUGUAUUGACUUUGCAUGAGGCUAUGGGCCAAGGACUAGUCAUUGUGCAAUCGACCAGCAACAAAGUUAAUGAGGAGCACAUGGUUGGAUGCCUUAGAAGAGAGCUUGGUUGUGGUCUGUUAGAUGCAGUGACCAGAGGUGAUGCCUCUAUGACCAUUCAGAUAGUUGAUCACAAAUCUGGUAAGAAUUUGACUAUUCCAGAGGCUAUUGCUGCUAAUAUAUUUAGUCCAGACACAGCUCAGAUCAAAGACACUCUUUCGGAUACUUGGAUGAGCUGGGAUGAAGCCAUUCUCACUGGUUUGCUCUUUGAUUCUAGGCCACUCUCUCUCCAUCAGACUGUGCUAUCUCCCAAGUUCGAUGCAAAGCAACACAUUUUUGUGGACACACUAAAUGAAACCAAUCAAACUUUGACAUUAUCUGAAAUGAUUGGUAACAGACUCUUGGAUGUCUCCAAAAAGGAAGUCUUUGAUGCCAAGCAUGAAAAAUGGUUAUUAGUUGAAGAGGCUGUUUUUGAGAACAUCCUUGACCCAGUUCAGAACACAUACUUCCACAAUGUCCUGGACACUACAAUGCCUCUUUUUGAUGCCAUUGAGGCUGGCCUGAUAAAUGAUCAUGGGGAAGGAGCAGAUAUGACAUUUGCCAGUUUUUGUGACAACCAUCCAUCUGACAUGGAAAUGGAAUUGGAUAAGUUCCCAAUGACAGUUUAUGAAGCCAUUGAGAACGAUUUGUUAGAUGAAGAGACCAGUGAGGUUUUCAUAGGUGAAGAAAAGUUGUCUUUCGAAACAGCUUAUGAAAGGAGUCUUAUAAUGCCAGACAGAACAUUUAUUGUUGAGAGGAGCACGGGGCUCACCUAUGAUUUUAAAGAAUCCAUUGAGAUUGGAAUGGUAGAAGUAGCCACAGGCUCAAUGAUUGACACGUCAUCUGGUGAGAAAUAUCCACUUGUAAAAGCCAAAGAAAGAGGAUUGGUUCGUAACACCCCUAGACCGUUCUUGGAGCUUGCAGUGGCAGCAGAGUAUGGUAUAUUAGACUUUGAUGAGAGAAGGAUUAUAGAUCCACAAACCAAACAGUCUAUGACGAUCACUCAAGCCAUAGCUGAUGGCAUUAUUGAUCCUGCGUCAAGUUUAACCCAACAUGAGAACAGGAACAUCACACUGCAGGAAGCCAUUACAGAUGGGAUUUUGAACAUUGAUACACUGGAACUGCUACUACCUGGAGGGAAGCUCCAAUCCAUUUCAGACUGUCUAGGAUUGCCAAAAUCAUAUUUGUCCAGGCGCAGAAGUUCUGUUAUGGGACGGAAAUGCAGCUUAACACUAGAUGAGGCCAUCAACAGUGGCAUUUAUGACCCUGUUUCAAACUCCAUCAUGUCAAGAGAAGGCUUUAUGUCUUUAUCCAAAGCUUUGAAUGCAGGACUCAUUCACAGUGACUCUCUUGUGAGAGACCCCUACAGUGGGGAUAUCCUUUCUUUGAAAGAAGCACUUGACAAAAGAUUGCUGGACCCUGAAUCUGGUAAAAUGAUUGACUCAUCUGGAAUACCUAUUGCUUUAAACUUUGCCUUAGAGAAAGGUCUUAUACUGAAAUCAAAGGCACCUCUACACUUGUCCCUUUCUGAGACUCUGGAUGAAGGUCUUUUUAAUGUGGCCUCCAACCAGUUUGUCAACCCAGACACAAAUGAAGAAAUUAACUUCAUCACUGCACUGGACCAGGGUAUCGUUGAUGUUGAUCUGAUCAGAGUCAGAGAUACCAAAACUGGAGACGUUCUGAGCCUGGAGGUGGCCGUGGACAAAGGCCUCGUGGACCUGAACGCCGGAGUCUGUUUCAGCUCUUUCGAUGGAGAGAGAUACAACAUUGUUGAUGGACUUGAUAAAGGAAUCAUGAUAGACACAACAAGCCAACCAGCCAUGUCUUUGCUGGAAGCUGUGGAUGAAAAUCUAGUAGACUUAUCCACAUGUAUGUUUAAAGAUCCAGUGGGGCAAUACAGUAUGAAUCUCAAAGAUGCACUGGAAUCAAAUCUCAUUGAUCGCAUGUCAAUAUCUGUCAGAGACAUCAACUCCAGAUCCUUGCUGACUAUUGAUGGUGCAAUAAGUCAGGGUCUCAUUAGCCCCGAAACAGGAGCAUUUAUAAAUUACAAAGGUGAGGAGGGCAUCACUUUUCAAGAAGCCUUCGACAACUGCCUCAUAUUUUCGGAUGCUUUUGUUCCAGACAAAAGCCUUCUUGAGGCUGUUAAACAAGGCUUGUACAACUGGAAGACUGGCAAGUUUAUAGAUCCUUCAUCAGGCAGAGUAAGAACUCUCAGAGAAAUGGUAUCAGAGGGAAUCUCAGAUCCAGAUAGCUUGCAAAUACUAGACAGCAAGAAUAAAAAACUGCUAACAUUUAAUGAGGCUACAGAGCACAAAAUUCUUGAUACCAAAGUUGGUAUGGUCUUGGACACAGAUACUAAUGAGCUGCUCAACCUCAAAGAAGCAAUGGACAGAGGCCUGCUUCAGGAGAGCAUCAAAACAAUUUCACUUUCACUUCAACAGGCAGUGGAUGCUGGACUUCUGCAGAAAAACUAUGGGAAAAUAAUGGAUCCAUUGUCUAGAAAGUCACUGUCAGUCGAGAAAGCUAUUGAAAUUGGACUGGCUGAUGUGUCACAGCUGUUAGUGAGUGUCAAUGAAAAUAAGAAGUACAUGUUCUUAGAUGAUGCUAUUCAUGAAGGUAUUGUUUUUGUUGAUGAUGAUAAGCUUGUUUACUCAAGAACUGGAAUUUCUCAUGACAUAGUGUCCGCAUUCAAUAAAAACAUUCUGAUUGAGAUUCCGAAAGGGGGAUUUCUUCUUGGGGACAUUUUAUCCUCAGGUCUCUAUGACGAGACAAAUCUAAGAUUUGUUGACCCACUUACCAGCAGGAAGCUGACCCUCGCUGAAGCCAUCAAAAGUGGUGUCAUCAAUGAAGUGAAACCUCAGGUGGCUGUCCCAGAGGUUGGUGUUUUCACUCUGCAGCAGGCGAUCGACAAAGGCCUGAUAGAUCCAAACACUGGCAGUUACAUUGCUGCAAAUACACCUCUCACCCUGACUGAAGCUGUUGGAACCAAACGUCUGCUUGUCGCUCAACACAAGCAAACGGAGGAGGAGUUUCGGAGAAGCAUGUCUUCACUGGACAGUUUUGAGCAGUUAUCUUCUCCUGCCUCCGAGCCCUACUCUUCACCUAUUUCGUCCAAAUCCUCCUUGACCGUAUUUUCCAAAGACACUGAGAGUUCAAUGGAAGUUGAUUCAUGUGACUCCAGCCAGAGAGCCACCAGCAUGAGACUUGAAUCAGAUCCUACUGAGGAUAGCUCUAGUGAAGGUGAAGACAAUACUCUUAGCUGCUCACGUGAUGUUGAUAUGUUCAGAGGGAUCCCAGAUUCUGACUCAAGGUUUAAGUCAGAAGAAUACGGUGAUAAUGGCAAAAUUCCACUUGAAGCCAGGACUUUUUCUGAAGAAAUCACUGAACUUCAUCUUCAGAAAAGUGUUAUUGAAAAUAUAAAUGAAACAUUUUCAAUGGAUGAACAAUCUAGAUCUGAAGAGAGUUUAGUCUCCUUAUCAGUGAGAAACCCAGACACAAAAUGCAUCAGAGACUUAAUGAGUGAUGCCUCCCAAAUCUCCACUGAUAGUCCACCAACAGUUUGCAGAUUUCCUGAAGAUUUAAAUGUCAGCUUCACUGAAAGUGAGGCUUCCCUGCCUGUUACUUUUGACAAUGAAGACAAUACUGAUGUCAGUCUCAGAAUAUGCUAUGAACGCAGUCAGAGCUCCUGCAGUGACAGCAUUCACAAAAAUGCCAAGGAAAAAGUAGAGGCCUACUUAAAAACUGAGAGAAGCCACAGUACUAAUGAUCUUGAGGAUCACUAUGAAAGUUAUGCCGCAUCUAGGAAAGAAGAAUUAAUGAGAGACCUGCAGUCAAGGUGGAGCCCUCCUUCAGAUGAGCUGUCAGCAUCUCUGGACUCAUUGCUGCAAGAUGCCAUUAGGAAACAGCUGAUUGAAGAAAAGCCGUUCUCAUUAUUUAACUCGGUUGAAAAGGGGGUCUACGAUGAUGCCAGCUCCUACUUCUGUGAUCCAGAAACUGGACGUAUUUUGAAUCUGUGGGAAGCCAUAGACUGUGGUCUCAUUAAUGAUACGGUCAAAGAGAUCAUCUCUUCCACAGCAGAGCAACCAAUGACUUUGAGAGAAGCAAUAGAGCAAGGGGUCAUUGACGCAGAGCCUGGAAAGUUUCUAGACCACAGCACAGGUACUGUCCUCAACCUGAAACAGGCCAGAGAUGUUGGCUUGAUCUUCAAAGAGAAGUAUAGUCCUAGAAAUACUGUUGAGAUUCGUGUUGAAGACAUGUCCGAUUAUGGGAGGAGAAAACUGGAAGAUGCCUUCUCCAGCGGGAUUCUCCACCGUUCCAACUCUCAGGUCAUAGACCCUGACUCUGUUCAGGGCAUCACACUACGCAAAGCUGCCAGUAUGGGUUUGAUUGACAUGAAGACUGGAGAUUUCAAAAACCCACAAACUGGAGAGACCAUGUCUUUAGCUUCAGCUGUUGAAAAAGGAUUUAUUAUAAGUCCUAAAGGACUGUCAUUGUACAGUGCUGUUGACCAGGGUUUGUAUUUUGAGUUCUCCGGCCAGUUUGUACACCCAGAUACAGGUACCAUUGGAUGUCUUCACGAUCUGAUUGCUGACAAUAUCAUCACUGUUCAACAUCCAGAAAUUAGGGACAUGACCCAGGAAAGCAUUGUUACUCUUGGAGAAGCCAUCAAAAAGAACAUUAUCGAUCCACAAAGAGGUGUUUUUAUUCAUCCAGUUACAAAAGAAAGCAUCAACUUCCAGGAUGCCAUAUCAGCUGGUUUAAUUGUGAGCACCAGCACAAGAGAAGGUUUACAGGAUCCUUCUAGACAGCUAGCUUGCAGUCCCAUACCUGACUUACGUAGACAAGCCUCCCCUUCUCCUGGGCCAAAUGGACGAAGUGCAUCUCUACCCUUUGUUCCCAUCAGCAGACUUUUGUCACCAGAUUUGCAAGGCCCACGUAGAUCAUUAAUCUUGCCAAUGUUGGGGGACAUUGGUAGAAAUGAAAAUGCCAGGAAAGGAAGCUUUGAUGAGCAUAAUAAGACUCCGGUCAGACCAUCACCAAUUCAAGCAAGACCAAUAUUGGAACUGACCGAUGACCCGAGACAUGUAGAAGUUGUUGCUUUAAAUAAACCUAGUGGACCAAAAGUUUUGAGCCACCUCGGAAGAAAUGAUGAUCCCAUGGGGUCAUCACCACUUAAAGGGUUACAGUUUGCUCAACAAACAAAGGAACAGAAGAAAAAAACAAUGGUUUCUGGAAUGACAAAUGUGGCUGGAGUAGAUGAAGAGUCAUUAUUUCCUGAUGAUAGGACCUCAGCUCAAAUCCAAGCCACUGCUGGAAAUCUCAGCAAAAAAACUACCAUUGAAGCAAAGUCAGUAAUCAAUGACACUGAAUAUGAACAUAAACAAAGCACACCUAUAGAUUCAGAUGAUGAGAUCUCGCAAGAUGAGAACAUUUCUAGUGACUCAGAUCUGGAUAACUCUCAGUCAUCAUCCAGCACAACUAUCCGACCGGUGCUUACAAAAUCUGGUGAAACUGUAGACAACACAGCAUUAACCCCUUCAGGCACAGAGGUGCUUGUCAUGACAGACAAAUCACAGCUUACAGAAAGUAAAGCCAGAGACAGACAGAGAGCAGAAUCACAAAAUGUGAAAGAAUUAGAAGUUAGUGUUUCAAAGUUACCAAUAAAAGACCGUCCAGCAAGUAAAACUGUACCUAUCAAAGACAAAACAAAUAUUGACAAUGGAAACCAAGAAAUGUUGACAAUCUUUGAUAAAGGCUUGAUCAGAAAUGAUAUUCAAGAAAUCUCAAAGAGGUUGGGUGACAGUCAAAUGACAGAGGAGAAAACCUCAAAAAGGUUGGGUGACAGUCAAAUGACAGAGGAUGAAAUCUCAAAGAGGUUGGGUGACAGUCAAAUGACAGUAGAGGAAAUCUCCAAACUUAAUCAUAAACCUGAUCCUAUUUCUAAAAUGAUAGAAAUUAACAAAGUCAAUGGAAAUAUUGAAAAAGAUUUGAGUUCUUUUUCAGUGAAAGUAUCAAAACAACGUGAAAUUGUUAAUGGUAGCAAAGAGCAUGGGGUUUGUGAAGUCACUUUCAGUGAUGAUCUUAGUCAAGGCUUAACUAAAACAGAUAAAUUUAAGUCCAUCAAGACUAUAUCUGGUGUCACAAUGUCGGUUUUGGAAGAUAAACCUGCACCUUUCAGGCCAGAGCAGCCAUUGACCCCAAUAAUUGAACCAUUCAUCAAAACAGGAGAGAUCAUCGGUCAACCCCAUCAAUCACAGGCUCUGGAUACAGGUGGUACAGAUGGCCUUAAUCAUGCAACACAACUUUUAGAACUACGAGGGGAAGAAGUUGAAACACAAAACAUUUCAGAAAAAGCUAACUUCCAAGCAAAAAAUGCAGGCAAAUCAUCCUUAAGGACCAUGGAGGAAAAUGUUCCACUCACAGAUGUCGGCAACAAAUCAGGGGAAGCUUAUCUUCAGUUGGAACAAAAUGACAUUCAUCCUACUACUGAGCCUGGAUUUAAUGACAACUUGACAGGCAAACCCAUUGCUGUCACAUCAGAAAAUGCAACAAAACCUGGAAUUGUUAACGAAAUUAAAGAUAAACCAUGUGCAUCAGAACCUGCUGUUCAAGGUGGAAUUGACAGAAUGGUGGAAAAACCAAGUGGUGUCCCAUCAGAAGUUUCCGUUAAUGGUGGAAUUGUUGACAGAAAGACAGACAAACCCAAUGUUUUCACAUUACAACCUUCUGUUAAAGGUGGCAUUGUUGACAGAAUGGCGGAUGAACCCAGUGCAGUCCCAUCGGAAUCUUUUAAAGGUGGAAUUGUUGACAGAAAGACAGACAAACCCAGUGAUGUCACAUCAGAAACUACUGUUAAAGGUGGAAUUGUUGACAGAAAGACAGACGAACCCAGUGCUGUUACAUCAAAACCUUAUGUUAAAGGUGGGAUUGUUGACAGAAUGAUGGAGGUACCCAGGGCCAUCAAUUCAGAAACGGUUAAAGGUGGAAUUGUUGACAAACCCAGUGCUGUCACAUCAGAACCUACUGUUAAAUGUGGAAGCUCCCAGUCUGUCAUUAUUGAUACAAAAUCUAGUUUUAAUGCUUGCUUCGAACCAGGCACUUCUUCAGAUCAUGAUAAAUUAUCGAAUGAGAAAAUAGCUGAAGGAUAUGGUAUCACAUCAUAUUCAAAUGCUGAGCACAUUCCAAGAAAAAAUAAGCUCAUUCAGGAAAAUCAACUCUCUCAGUUACCUAUAACCGGAUUCACUGAAAGCAAUGAAACUAUUAGAACCAAACCUGCCAUUCCAAAGAAACCCGUGUUCAAGCUUCCGUUGGAUAGCAGCAUUGCCAGUGAAGAUAAAAAUGGUGGUGAUGAUAAUGUCCCAGUGCAAUAUCAGGAUGAUAAUGCACUGAUUAGAGAUAAACAGCAGAUCCAUCUCAGUAACACCGAUGAUGCAGUACCAAAUGAUAUUAACAACAAAGCAGGUUGCUUUCAAACCAAUGGAGCUUUCACCAAGCCAUUGAAGGUCCUCUCCACUGAGCCAGAAACUAAGGCUGAGCUUAGAGAUGAAAGAUCAGGUAUAACACAGAAAGAAUCACUUGAUAAUUCAAGUUCACUUUCAGCAUUCCCACAGGCCAAUGAGGUCACAGUUGAUGAGGGCCGAGAACAGCAAUCUGCUCAAGGAAUAUCAAAUGUGCUUCUGAAAGGAUUUGAUCAAAACCAAGCUGUAGCUAGUAGAAAAACAAAAGCAUCUCUCAGCUCCUUCUCAAAUGAACCUUUGCAAACUUCAGAUCACAGAAAGGAAUCUUCUCUUCUUGAUAAAAUGCACACAUCAAAAGAGGGAUAUACUACAAAUAAUGAUGAAGAUAGAGUACAAUUGCCAGGACAAUCAGUGAACAUGAAUCUCGCAGACAAAGUAUCUUUUGGAGCUGAGUUAAGUCAUAGAGAUGAUAAAGCCAAACCUCUGCCUCCUGGACAAUCAGAUACAAAUUUCAAUGGGAAGAGUGAAGAUAAAGUCUUGGGAUCAGCUGCAUCUGCUAAAACACAGGGCUCAAGCGCAAAGCCUGCAAUACCACCAAAACCUCUUCAUUUCACUGGGAAUGAAAAGUCCAGCAAGACUCAAGUGGGGUCCCCAGCUGAUACUAAAGUCACUAUAUCUGGAACUGUGGGUGACAAAGAGCACUUCCAAAAAGGUGAAAAUAUUUCAAAACUUUUAAUUGUGAGUUCAGCAGCAUCAGAUCAAAGAUUAGAUGGAGGUGAUGAACAAACUGUGAUUGCAUCAUUGGUAAAAGAUGUAGUUGAUGCCACUGUAAGAACUUCAUCAGAAGGAGGUGAUGUUAAGCCAAUCGUGAGGUCACAAUCAGAAGGAGGUGAUGUUGAAACAAUUGUUAAGUCACCAUCAGAAGGAGAAGAUGUUAAACAAAUUGUGAAGUCACCCUCAGAAGGAGGUGAUGUUAAACAAAUUGGUAAGUCACCAUCAGAAGGAGGUGAUGUUAAGCCAAUCGUAAAGUCACCAUUAGAAGGAGGUGAUGUUAAACAAAUUGGGAAGUCACCAUCAGAAGGAGGUGAUGUUAAGCCAAUUGGGAAGUUACCCUCAGAAGGAGGUGAUGUUAAACAAAUCGGGAAGUCACCAUCAGAAGGAGGUGAUGUUAAGCCAAUCGGGAAGUCACCCUCAGAAGGAGGUGAUGUUAAACAAAUUGGGAAGUCACCAUCAGAAGGAGGUGAUGUUAAGCCAAUUGUAAAGUCACUAUCAGAAGGAGGUGAUGUUAAAGAAAUUGUGAAGUCACCAUCAGAAGUAGGUGAUGUUAAGCCAAUCGUAAAGUCACCCUCAGAAGGAGGUGAUGUUAAACAAAUUGUGAACUCACCAUCAGAAGGAGGUGAUGUUAAGCCAAUCGGAAAGUCACCCUCAGAAGGAGAUGAUGUUAAACAAAUUGGGAAGUCACCAUCAGAAGGAGGUGAUGUUAAACAAAUUGGGAAGUCACCUUCAGAAGGAGGUGAUGUUAAGCCAAUCGUAAAGUCACUAUCAGAAGGAGGUGAUGUUAAGCCAAUCGUAAAGUCACAUUCAGAAGGAGGUGAUGUUAAACAAAUUGUGAAGUCACCAUCAGAAGGGGGUGAUGCUAAGCCAAUCGUAAAGUCACCAUCAGAAGGACGUGAUGUUAAACAAAUUGGGAAGUCACCAUCAGAAGGGGGUGAUGCUAAGCCAAUCGUAAAGUCACCAUCAGAAGGACGUGAUGUUAAACAAAUUGGGAAGUCACCAUCAGAAGGAGGUGAUGUUAAACAAAUUGGGAAGUCACCUUCAGAAGGAGGUGAUGUUAAGCCAAUCGUAAAGUCACUAUCAGAAGGAGGUGAUGUUAAGCCAAUCGUAAAGUCACAUUCAGAAGGAGGUGAUGUUAAACAAAUUGUGAAGUCACCAUCAGAAGGGGGUGAUGCUAAACCAAUCGUAAAGUCACCAUCAGAAGGAGAUGAUGUUAAACAAAUCGUGAAGUCACCUUCAGAAGGAGGUGAUGUUAAGCCAAUCGUAAAGUCACUAUCAGACGGAGGUGAUGCUAAGCCAAUCAUAAAGUCACCAUCAGAAGGUGGUGAUGUUAAACAAAUUGUGAACUCACCGUCAGAAGGAGGUGAUGUUAAGUCAAUCGGGAAGUUACCCUCAGAAGGAGGUGAUGUUAAACAAAUUGUGAAGUCACCAUCAGAAAAAGGUCAUGUAGCAGUUUUGAAAACACCUCCAGAAAAAAGGGAUGUUGUACCCACUGUGAAGACUCCAUCAGAGAAAGAAAUUGUGAAACUAUCUGUAAAGCAGCUCUUACAAGAAGCUGGUACUGAGACCACUGUGAAGCCAACAUUGACCAAAAAUUUGACUGUUAAUGAGGAGCAAGACGCUGUUGUUCAUCCAGAAACUAAUGUCAGGCCUUCAUCCAGCAUAUGUUCUACAAUGACCCAGUCAGUAUCCAGUGAACCAGAGGGUAAACCAGGAAUCUCAAGGGUGGAUCUUUUCAAUAAAACAAUAGAAGUGAGUCAUCAGACUGUUUUACCAGAACCAACUGAGGGGAUUUCUUUGUUGGUAUCUGACAUUGAAGAAAAGACAUCUACAGGCCAAGUGAGGAGAGAUGAGCUUACUCUGUUGGAGUACACUACCACUCCACUGACAGUAAAAUCAGUCAUUCCAGAACAAAUCAAUGAUGCCUUUGAUAAUACAGAACCUAAACUCAAGGAAAGGUCAUUGGUAGAGGAUUCAGAUAAAAUCACAAGUAACAAUGAUAAGACAAGUUUUUCAAUGAGUAAUGCACAAGUUUUAAUACCUAACGAUAGCGUUCCACAACCUGAUCACAGUGAAUGCUCACCAAAGCCAGGACUUCAAGACAGGGUCAGUUCAAUCAAAGGUGUCAAAGUAGAUGAGAACAAAACUGACACACCUAAGAAAAAAGCAAUGGCUGACAAGUUAUCAAAGGCAUCAACCUUGCACAGCAUUUUUGGGAGCCCUCAAGAUACACUAGUGUCGGAUAUACCUAAACUAUACCCAGAGCCAUCUGAGAAUACCAGCUAUGUGGGCUCAUCUGUGGAUGGAGAUAACAGUUUGAUGUCCUCCAGUCUGGCACAGACCAUCAGUCAACCUGAAUCAUUAGACAAUAUUGCACCUGAUGCUGUCCCAACUGAACAAGGAUUAGAGCUCAGAGAAAUAGAUGACCUGGUAAAUAAUGAGAAGGAAAAGACAAUUGAAGGUAAUUUACCAGAAAAUGGGGGUGUAAAGAUCUCUAAGCACACAAUUUUAGAAGAGAAAAAAGGUACUGCUAAAUUUUUACCACAUGAAAAUAAAGAAUUUGGAACCAGAUUAGCGGCAAAUGAUGAUAUUCCAGGAGACAGUCUGACAGCAGCUGGUAUCACUUCAUCGCAAGCCUUUAAGAAACAGAUCACCACAGCACAGAAAGUUAGUCCAGCCAUUGGACAAUAUGAUAACACAAACCUGUCUGAGCCGCUCUCUGAAAAAGUUAAGGUUCAUGUGGGCAGCAGAAAUGAUGUGGAAACAGUGCUCAGGGAUUUUGAAGAGGAAGAAAGAGCAACUGUUUUUGGUUUAGAAACAUUGACACCCAGUUUGAAACCCGACCACAAAGUAACAGACAGUGAAGUUUUUGGUGAAUCUGAUCGUAAGAGACAGGAGAAGAAUAAAGAAAUGUGUUUGGAGCAAGAUGAACCUCUCAAAUGUGUUGGUACAAAUAAAGACAAAGAUGCUUUCUCAAAAAGAGCUCGUUUGCAGUCUCAGAAAGACUCACAGAGUUCAGGAGAUGAAACAUCAGAGGAUGCAACAGAGUCUAUUCUUAAAGAUAGAGGAGAGAGCCCAAGGACUAGCAAAUCUAAGACAGGGCAUAGGGUUAGGUUCAAAGAUAUGUCCCCUGAAGUAGAGUUUAGUUCUGUUAGUGAAAGUUGCUCAGUUGGGGUAGAUGAUGGGUCAAAGGGUUCUGUAGACCAAGCCCCACCAUCUCUUGGGAUCAAAGAUCAUCCUCAUGAUUUUCCCUUGGAUGCACCUGGAGCAGAAAUUCCAAGCAGGAUCCCAUCAGAAGUGCCAGGCAGGAUUCCAUCAGAACUUCCAGGGAUACACCAACAGGAACAUAUCAAACAUCUUGGCUUCUCACUGGAGCAGCUAGUGUCCCCAGGCUCACCGUCCUCUCCCACAUCCUCACACGACGAAAGAGAGGCCAGCACCCCGGAGCUGGAAGCUCUAAGGCUCACCGACAAGUUCUUCAAGUUGAAUCUCAGAGCAGGAACCACUGCGAGGGACAGGCGCAAGGUAGCAUGCAUGAGCCGGAUGUGGCGAGAAUCCUUUGGAUAUAGCCUGCUGACCUUUUGUUUGCAUGAUGGACUUUACAUAAAUCAUGGAAAUUAUUUUUCUUUGGUCUGAGGUCAAAUAUAUAGCACAGAUUGCAUGGUUGAUUUCUAACUUAACAACUCUUUAGAAUUUAAUUUUAUACAGAACUAAAUUAGAAGAAAGCUUAACUUGUAAAACUUGUUCCAAGUGCAUGGAGUGUGACAAUAAGCAGAUGGAAUCAUUUUCUUGGAAUGAUAAGCUAUGAGCUACAACAUAACCAACAAGAGAUACUUGGCUUGGCUUUUUGUAGAUAGCAUUGAAAAGACAAAUACUUUAGAUAGGGUCGUGCACUGGUCACUUAGAGUUCCAGUCUUAAUCCCAGUCCUUGCCUUGCUAUCAAAACUAAAAAUCAGUGUUGUCCUAACAUAUUUAAAUUACUUGAUGUCUGCACUGUUUGAGAACAGUUUUAAUCAGUUGUUUUAACACCCACUCACAAAUAGAUGAAUAGCCUAGUUAACAUAUCAUCAUACAUUUAUUUUUUUUUUUUUUUUUUUUUUUUUUUUUUAACAUCCUGCUGCUUCUUUUUCUGUUAUUUUUUAUUUAUAUGAUUAUUUUUUUUUUUUUUAUAUUUCUUUCACAAUAUUCUAAACUCUGAGAAGGAAAAGGGAAUUGCUAUUAUUUUGAUUAUGCAACCAGUUUUGGUCAGUGCUAAAUGGGAAUGCAUGUCAUGUCUUGGUGUGUUUUUGUGAUUCUAAUCUUACAGGGGUGGUCCUAACAUAAAGAUACUAAGACUCUCACUAAUCUUAACUAAUUGUGGAAAAUUGGGCACUGAAGCCAACUACAGUUAAAUUUAAUGUUUAAAAAAAAUAAAGUUCAUGAAUAAAAAUGGUGACACUUUUACCACCACCACCACCACCAAACCCCCCCCCCCUUUCGGAGUUGACCACCCUUGAUUAAUGACAUUGUGCCAUACUAUUUUUUAUUUUGUUUGACACCUUUCAGUUAGGGAUUCAACUUUUUUAUUUAAUAUUUAAAAAAAAAAAAGUUCAUGAAUAAAAAUGGUGACACUUUUACCACCCCCCCCACCCCCAAACCCCCCCCCCCCUUUCGGAGUUGACCACCCUUGAUUAAUGACAUUGUGCAAUACUAUUUUUUAUUUUGUUUGACACAUUUCAGUUAGGGAUUCAACUUUUUGAUACUGAUUUCCUCCAGAAUGCUUAUUGGCGUGUCAGCAUGGACAUAUUCAUGGCAAUAGCUGAUUUUGUGUACAUAAUGAAACUUCCAUAUAUAUGUCUGUGCAUGUAUGUCAUUUUGAUUUACAUUUCAUUUUUUAAACAAAAUCUUUUCAUUUUGCUCAUCUACUUUGUCGACUUUGCCUCUUUAAUUUGCCAACUGUCUGUGGAAUUUGCCUCUUUAAUUUGCCAACUGUUGCCUCAUCAGCUUGAUAAAUGGGAUUAAAUUUGAUUCAGUUUAUCCUUACAGAAAAACAGUGCAACUUUACACAGCUGUCAACUAAUUUGCACCUUGAAAUUUAUUUUACUACUUAAGAUGUCAACUUUCCAUGUAACAUUGUACACAUCAAUUAUUUUAUUAAAUCAUUUUAAUGUACAAAAAAAAGAUAGUCACAAUAAAAAGUUGAUUUAGGUUUAAAAUAAAUUUUUAAUUUUUAAAAAUCACUUUUUCCAUCAGUCUUAGUCAGCAAAGAUUGAUUAGAGCAUUAAUUACCCCCAGAAAGCAAACAAGUGAAUGAUAAACUAAAUGUUGUUGAAUGUAACCCGUUGAGAAUGGACCACCCUCUAACUUGUGUCAUCAUGUUCUGUACAGGGCCGCAUGGGAGACUCCUAUGACAAGCUGGUACAAGACAUGCAAGCAGAACUGCUCAGGCUGCACAACUUUGAACAGCUUCUCAAAGAGGACUCACAAAUGGGUGAUGAGUCUUACAAGGUCAUGAGCCAGCUCCAGGCCCACAAGGUUACUUUCAUCUCCAUCGUUGUUGUCAAUCUGUAUGACAUGUCAACGUUGUCAUUAGUAUGAUAGUAUGUUAAUCAUAGCUUGCAAAUAGAUCUGUUCUUUUUUUACAUGUUCCUUUUAAUUUAAAAUUUGUCAUCAUACUAGGUUGGCUUCAUCUUUUUAUUCAUAUAUUUUGUUUCCAAAUUAUUGUUUAUUUUAUCUUUGAAUUCAUGCGUUUUUUUACCUAAUUAUCGUAUACUUCUUAUUUUUUUCCUAAAACUACUCUUUAAAUUGAUUAAAUGAAAUUAAAAAUAUCUCGGGAAGCAAACUUUUGAAAUCAGACUUUUCCUGCAUUCAAUAGCAAUUCACUUUCUUCUUUUGUGUCCCUCAGUCCGUCCAUGAUGAAAUCCUAGGACAUCAACAACCCAUCUUGUCACUUGUAUACCAGGCGGAGCAGUUGACUGAACACUAUCAGGAGGAGCUCACUCCAGAACAGGUCACUGACCUGGCAUCUGAGGCAGCCAGUCUUAAGAAAGCAUUAGAAAAGGUCAGAUAAUCUAUAAAAGCCCCAUCAAGCCACUUUGACAGUUCAUAUUUGUUACUGCAAUAUGAAACAAAAAGGAUACAUGCAGCAAAAAUUAGCUUUUAUAAAACAGUUAUAUCAAAAUAAUUAGAAAUUUAAAAUAAUUCUGUUUUAAGGUUAACCUUUGUCACUAUAAGAAAAUAUAUCAAAUUUAAUUUCCCACUGUUGAGAUUGAAGAUUGAAAUUUAACAUAUUUAGCAGCUAGCUCAACUUCUAAUCUUUUAUCUCCCUCAACUCUUCUAUCUGCCUCAACUCUUCUAUCUGCCUCGACUCUUCUAUCUGCCUCGACUCUUCUAUCUGCCUCGACUCUUCUAUCUCUUCUAUGUGCCUCAACAUCCAAACCAUUAACAAAUUAAUAGCACAGUGUAAGGAGCCACUCUACACCCGGUCUUAUGCAGUUGGUGACCAGGUUAAUGGGAGCUUAUUCAAUGUUUUAUUAGUCUCUGUUAAAAUACACAUCAACUGGACAGCAGCCAUACCUUAUCUGAGUCUCCUGACUUGAGUCGACCCGCUGACUCUUGUGACACCAGCUUAUGUAUCACAAAAGCCUUUUUGACUAACUUGAUUCCAGUUAUAAAUGUAUUCACGAAUAGAUUGUGAAGACCUCAGACAGAAGAAUGAAACAUCUCAAGACGGCCCACGAGGAGCUGUCCAAGCUGGAGACAGAAAUGAACAAGUUCAAUGCAUGGAAGUCUUCGGCCAACAGUGAACUAUUGCGACAAGAGGAAUGUCUACACAGGUUUGUUUAUUGUACUCGUUCAUUGUUUAUAAAAGGGAGAGAAGUAUGGAUUUUAUUUUUAGUUUCCUUAAAAGUUUUAAUUUUUUUUUAAAUUCUUUUCACAUAUAUGACUUUGAUUCACACAGGUUUAGUUGCAAAUGGUUAAGAGAGAUGAAACAUGUAUGAAAAUACUUUAUUAAAUUUAUCAAGGAAAUAGUAGAACAAGGGAUGUGGAAGCUUUAAUUGAUAGACAGGACAUUUUGGCUAAGAGCCUUCCGCAGCCAACAGAACAGAUGAAAAUAUUACAAGAAAUUGGAAAAAGUUGUCUUAAAUUUAUGAAAUUGUUUGAAAACAGCAAUGCAUCUGUUAUUAACUUGGAACACAAUGUUGGAUGUCUUUGUUACAAUCAUAGUCCAGAAUAAGGAAGCUUGUAAGCAAACAAAACAAAUUCUUGCAGAUUUGAAGAUCUGAAACCUCUCCAAGAAAAACAGAAGGAACUUCAUAGUGACAUAAUGUCCCACCAGGCUGACAUCAGAUACAUGUCAAUGGCUGUACAGAAGUAUAUGGAGGAGGCAAAGGUACGUGGACAUGAUCUACAUCUCACAAUACUAACACUACGUGACAUAAGGUUCCUUCGUUCAUUCAAAACAAUUGGAAAUUUAUUGUGAAUACAUUGUUCAUGCUCAUGUUCAUUAAAGAAACACUGAAAUGUGUGUCCUAUGUUAAGCAAAGUCUUAAAGGACUAACCGGACUAAUCCAGGGGACAUUGGUCAGCAAGUGUUUAUUGUUCUCAGACUAAAGCUUGCAGUGGAUGUUAUUCUGUUAAGAAAAUCAAAAUUAUAAGAAAAACGGGGGAAAAAAGUAGAAAACUAUCAUAUAAUAAUAGUGGGGCUUUACUUAAGGUCUUUGAAUCAUCAGUGUGAUGGUGUCACAAUUAAAUAUGUAUUUCAAGAAGUUUAUUUUUUCAUGAACUCUAGCUCCAUAAACUGGAAGUUGAUUCAUUCCGCGUUGACCGCCAACGUCCAGCACGCAGCAGUUUGAUCAGUAUGGACCAUGUAGCUGCAGACAAUGUUAAAGAUAAGCUGAAGGAAGUCUCAGAUGAAUAUUCUGAUCUUAAACACAGGUAACGUGGAGCUUUUGCUAAAUACUUCAAUUUCUUUUAGUUAGUUUAACUUUAAGAUUUAAGCAAUAAAGGAUUCCUUGAUUUUUGCAUGAAUGAAUAUAUAACAGUAUAUAUUAAUAUUUUUUUUAAUUGAAAGUAUUUUAUGUAUAUAGAGAAAGAUUUUAAUAAGGACAAUUUUUUUUUUAAUUCUCUUUGAAUAAUAAAAGGUGGGAAGUGAAAAUAAUUAUUUUAUUUUCUCAAUUUUUAUUUUAUUUUAACUCUGUGUUCCAUAUGCAAUAUUUAAUAUUUAUAAGUUUUAAAUAAAUAUAAGUUAAAAGUUCAUAUGGAUAUGUUAUACCAUAUAUGUUUUGAUAAUUUUUAGAAAAAUGUAUUAUCUCUCUCCCUCUGUCUCUUUCUAAAGAUGCACCAACUUUGGUGACAGUCUGUCUGAACUAAGUGCUAAACAAAGGGGAUUCAAUGAUGCAGCGUUUAAAAUGCUGACUUGGCUGGCUGACACAGAAGACCAGCUCGCCUCCAUCAAACAGGAGAGCGGGACCCCAGACCCUGAUAAACUCCAUGGUCAGUUAGAUCGAAUCAAGUCACUCAGUAGUGAAGUGCUAGGACAAAGCAGCCUCAUGGAUGAUGUUCGUAAGAAGGGACACGAGCUCACCAACAGCCUGAGUGGCUUAGCUGCUGACAGGAAACAGGUAAGUUAUAGCUGGAUAAACAGACAUUUGUGUGACAAACAAUUUCUUUUGAGAUUGAAUAAUAUUGUGGGGUUUUUUUUUUAAACUGAUGGCGACUUUCAGUGAAAUAUGCAUUCACAGUCAAACAAAAUACUUUUUCAUGUAAUACAAUUACAAUGAAGGAAAUAAAUUUUGAAUUCAAAUGUCCACGACUGGAUUUAAUGGCUGAUUUGAAACUGUUAUAAUUAGUAAAGGGGAUAGGGGGGAAGAGAUGAGACAUAAACAUUAAAAAUGUAUAUUUCCAUGUAAUGUAAGUGGAGACUUGUGUAGAGCUGAACACUUAGCCUUAUUGGCCUGAAAUGAACACCAUCAUCCUUAGGUUCAGAAACUUGAGAAAGACGUUAAAGAAAUUGACGAGAGAUACGCUAAUGUCAAUGAGGCUGUCAGCGCCCAGGCCAAACUGCUUCAAGCCACCAUUACACAGUCCCAAGAUGUCCAGGGGGCCAUCACGGAACUUCAGUCAUGGCUGGACACCGCCCAGACAGCUCUGGCCACUCAGCAGCUGAUCAGUCUGGAGCAGCCGUUAAUUGCUGAACAACAGCAGCAGUUCAAGUUUAUUACAGCAGAUAUUGAUAAGUAUGUUCCAAGUGACAUUCUAAUUGAUAUAUUCUUACAUUGUAGUUAAAACUAAUGAAAAAUAUCAUUCAUUUCCAUGUUUAUUUAUUCAUCUUUUGGUUAGGUGUGACUGGAUUUUAAAGGGGAAAGCAUGAAUAAAUCACACAAAAUUCUUUAACAUAUCAGUACUUUAGGAAACUAAUUUGUGUGCCAAAAAGUCCUUCUCAUUUUACUGAAAUAACGUAAAGCCUAAAUAAGAUGAACAUGCUAUACUGUAACUAGCCUAAAUAAGAUGAACAUGCUAUACUGUAACUAGCCUAAAUAAGAUGAACAUGCUAUACUGUAACUAGCCUAAAUAAGAUGAACAUGCUAUACUGUAACUAGCCUAAAUAAGAUGAACAUGCUAUACUGUAACUAGCCUAAAUAAGAUGAACAUGCUAUACUGUAACUAGCCUAAAUAAGAUGAACAUGCUAUACUGUAACUAGCCUAAAUAAGAUGAACAUGCUAUACUGUAACUAGACAUAGAAAUAGUUAUUUGAUGCUGUCAAAAUUUUAGAACAUGGGAAGUAAAAUGAAAAAAAACAACUUAUAAUUUCUCUUUCAGUCAUGGAAAUAUUGUUGAGUCUGUGAGACAAGCCACCAAAGACCUGAUCAAGUCUGGGGACCUCCACAUGGCCAGGGCCCUGGAGCAGCAACUGGCGGACAUUGAAGAGAGAUUCAGGAAUGUCAGUGGAUCAAGUGAGCAGAGAGCCGAGGCCCUCAAGGAGAUUGGUGGAAAGCUCGGUGACUUCCAUGAUAAACUGGACACGACCCAUUCUUGGCUGCAGUCUAAGAUUGACGACCUGCACUCCAGCGAUCUCAACUCCAUGUCCAUUGAUGAAGCUUCUCGACACCUAGAAGUCAUCGCCACAGAAAAACAGAGGAAAGAAAAGGAGAUCGCUGAGCUGAAAGCCGUCGCCAAAGAACUUAAGGAAGAUCCCCGGACGGGGAGCCCGGCUUCGAUAAACACCGCCGUGGUAGACCUUCAGAGGACCGUGGCCGAACUUGAUGCAGCUCUCGGAGAGAAGCAGGCCGACAUUGCCGAGAGAGAGAAGCAAGGGAAUGAGUUUGAGUCUGCCAAGACUCUAAUGCUGCUGUGGCUUGCUCAGAUGGAGGCCAGACUGGAUGAAUUUGAGCCAGCCGCCAUUGAAGUGGACAUAGUGGAGAAACAGAUAGCUGAACUGCAAGUGAGUGUUGGAAGGGAUAUUAAUUAAGGUGAUCGUAAAUUAUAGGUCUUCAGUAAGUUCAUUAACUUAAAAUGUAUUUACAGUGAGAAUAUAUUCUCUCAAGUUUGAGCUAAGGAGACUUAGGAAUAUGAAUGGGGCAUCGGAUCAAAAAAGUCAUUUUUACUAAUGUGAUAUUAUAAUUCUAAUAUGACCUAAUGUGUGAUUGUUAAAUUUGCAGCCUAUGCUGGAGGAAUAUGAGGACCAGGGGCCCAAAGUGGAUGAAAUCAAUGACCUUGGUAAUGCUUUAGAUGCCAUGACCAGCUCAGGAGAUCGUCCACUGAGCCCAAUUAGACGGCUGGGUCGUAAGUCUUUUCUGUUAUUUCUAUUUUCUUUAACAUCAUUUAAUCUAUUAGUUCCAUGGUUUUCUUGUAUUUUAACUUUUUUUUUUAAAUAUCUAAUAAUAUAAUCUCUAUCCAUUUUUGUUUUAUAAAUAUCUAAUAUAAUAUAUUUUAUCUAAACCCAUUUUAAAAAAAAAAAAUUGAAAUGAUCAAAAUAAUCUAAAUUUUUUUCAUUAUUUAUUUUAAGCUCUUAACUUUUUUGCACACUUAAACUCACAUUAAGACGUUAAACCUUUAACUUGAUAAAUAAGUUUUAUUUUAAUUACAUUAGAUAACCAGAUGACCUAAAUUCAUAACAAGAGCUUCUUGUUAAUGCUUUAUGUAAGAGUGUGCUUAAGAGAAACAUAACUAUUCCAUUAGUUAGUGCCUUCUCAUGGCAGAUGUUUGCUAUGUUGACAUGAAUUAGAUUUAGUUACUCUGUAAAAAUUGCUUUCACUUUCCUCUAAAAACUUUGAAACUUUUAUACCUAAAAGUGAAAAGAAACAACUCUAUUAUUGAUUAUUAUUAUCAGUUAAGCUGUUUUCUUUUUAUAGAUGGCAAUCUUCUUAGACAGCUCAGCUUCAGAGUUCAAUCUGUUUUUGUCAUGAGUUCCUCUAUUUUUUUUUUAAUAGACUGAAGUGUUCCCUUGGCUACACAGAUGUAGUAGACCAAAUGCUUAGUUCAUUUUAGUUUUUCUCAUUCUCUUAGUUCCCCCUUCCCCUUCUUGUAUGUUUGCACUUUCUAGGCACCCGUCGAAUCCCAGGACUGAUGUCUCCCCGCCUGCGCACUCCCUCCCCAACAUUUCCCUUGUCCCCUUCUGCUCUGAAAACUUCCAUGUCAAGUGAGUCCAGUGGUGUAAGCAGCAGAAAGAGCUCAUCAGAGAACAUACUGUUGGAUGGUAAGACUGCAUGCCAAACAACUUUUUCUGUCUUCUGUUAUAUUUCAAGAGCCUUGACAUGUAAAAAAAAAAAGAAAGAUUGCAUAAUUUCAAUAAAUCUCAACCUGAUUGACAAUUUUUUUUGAAGUUUAAAUUUUUGCCUUCCUUAACCCAUGAAACAGGGGAAACAAAGACUGUAUUUUUUUAUUUAUUGUGGCCGAAGCUUUUUUUUUUUAAAAUCGUAUUAUUUUUUAAAUUACUUUUUGGGUCUCUUCUCCUUUAAAGGGCUGAUGUUUCAAGAAAACGUGUUUAAAAACAAACAUUGAUUUGAUUUCAUAAGUUUUCAGAAUUGUCAACCAAAUGGAAUUUAUUUCAUUUAAGUUGGGUUGUUGUUUUUUUAAAGACACCAUCAGGAAGAAACAGGCUCCGUGUCAUUAUGCAUUCUUGAAUUAUUGUUACAUAGCUGUAUCUUGAUCACCCCUCUGUCCACCCUUAUACCCAAAGGGUUGUAGAAUAUGUUACCAUAAAUCACAAGUAUUUCUUCCUUGUAAGUUUUAUAUAAUAAUGUUUUCAGAUAUUGCUAGCAUUUCCCUGAAAUCUGUAUCAAAACUUUUGAAAAUUUUCUUACAAUUAAUAAUUUUAUUUACCUUAAUACAGACCUGCCCCUGGGUUUUAUUGACUUUUGUGAUAUCCUCAUCAGUGCAUAACUUGCCUCUCUUUUAAUGUUAUCUGCUGUGAAUUAAGCUUCAUUUGAAAGGCAGACAGAUCCAUUUAAUCAACUCAAAAUCAAUUUUAAAUAAACGUCAUUCCCUGGGGACUUUUUUAUAUUUUUUAAAAUUAAUUUUUAGCUAUUUUUUUUUAUCUCUCACCUUUAGUGCUUACCUAAACACAAAAAUGCUAUAUAAUAAUUUUUUUUAAUGGACAUUGCUAAAUUAUUUGCUUUUAAUUCUAUUAAAAAAUGACAUGCAUUACUAACCUGAUAUUAACAGUUACUAUUUUUGUGUAAUCCAGAAAGUGUAAAGAAGUUCUCAGAUCUUGUUUCUUAAGAAUGCAAAUUUAUUAUUUAAAAAUUUCAAUGAUUGAAUUGUUUAAAUCUCUGUGUGCAAUCUGCUGUAAUGAUGUUAAGCUUUGCAUCUAAUCAUUACUUAAGUAAUAAUACAGGAGACAUGUAAUGGUGAAUUUUAAGUGCACUGGAGUAUAUGUUUGUAUCACAUUGAAAUGGGUGCUCAUCAAGUAGGUGUCAGAGUCUGAUUAAAUGAUCCCAGCAUCACCAAUAUCUAGUCUAUUUUUUUACCUUACCAACAUCCACCAGACUUAUUGUCUUACCAACAUCCACCAGACUUAUUGUCUUACCUACAUCCACCAGACUUGUCAUUACCAUACGAACAUCCACCAGACUUAUUGUCUUACCUACUUCCACCAGACUUGUCAUUAACUUACCAACAUCAACCAGACUUGACAUUAACUUACCAACAUCCAUCUGAUUUGUCAUUAAAUUGCCAACAUCCACCAGAUUUAUCAGAAACCCAACAGCAGCUCCUGGAUAUCAACCAACGUUAUGAGAUAGUUGGGGAGAGACUGAUGGAGCGCCAGCAGGAACUACAGAGUGUCCUGGGCUCCAUCAAGACAUUCCUCCAAGACAUGCAAGAUGUGCUCACAUGGCUCGAUGACAAGGACAGCCAGAUGAGUGAGUCUGGUACAGGAGGCAUACCUGCCAGUGAGAAGGCAGCCAAGAAGAAACUCAAGGAACAUGAGGUUUGUGGGAGUUUUGUAUGUUUGGUGAAACAUGUAGAAGUAACAUAGAAAUGUGACCUUUCUAACCAAUUGAAAGUUGUUGUUUUUUUUUGUUCCAUCUCCUUGUAGCUAUGAUAUAUUUUAUGAUGGCAAUGGAUGAUUGAGUUUUGUUGUUCCAUUAAAGGCUCUGCUCCUAUUAAGUUUUCUCAUUAAAUUUUCACUUUUCUAUCGAGAUUUAUUAAAAACCCAGAGUCAAAGAAUUAACUAAUUAUAAGAGUGUUUGCCCCCACUCUUAUUCUUUUCUAUUUUUUUUAGGUAGGAUACAUGUAAAUAUAUUUUAUGUAAAUUUAAUUUAAAAUUAUUUUAAUGUUUUGUUUUUUGUACUGAUGAAGGCAUUUGCCGAAAUGUUUACUUUUGUAUUUUGUAAAAUCAUUGUUAAACCUGAAUAUAUAUUGUUUUAUUUACACAAAUUGCUUGUGUCCAAUUUAUUUAUUUAGGCAUUUUUAUAUAGCGCUUACCUUAAAGCUCUAAGCGCUUUACAAUUAUUAAAAACAUGUAAACUAAGUAAAAUAAAAAGGAGACACUAGGAUAGUAACUACUAUACUAUAGAAACAAUUAAAAUGGCUAUAAAACGAGGACACUUUGGCAAUUAAUCAGAGUAAAAAAACAAUGACUCUCAUAUUCCACCACCCAAUUUUUUUUCAUAUUGGUACAUUUAAAAAUGUCAUGUUAUGAUAAGUGAGAUCUUUUUUUAUUCCAGGAAUUUCACCGUGAGCUGCUGGGUAAAGAAGGCCUUGUUGAGGACAUCCGUAAAAAAGCCCAAGAACUGUUGAAGUCCAGACCUGGUGUGGCCGGUCUUGAUACAUUACAGGCACAGCUUGGAGAUUUAGGUAAGUCUAGCUACUCAUUAAUUGAUAGAACAAUUCUACGUUGGUAAAUGCAUUUUCACAGGCAUCACAAAUGAACUAAUUUUGAAGCCCUAAUUUGUUUAAACUCCCAAAUUCAAGCUACGCUGUCCAAAUAUUUGAAAUAUUCUUCCAAAGUGUAAUAUAAGAUCUAAGGCAAUAAAUCAAUCAAGUGAUACUGGCUAAAGUGUUCAAGUGUUCAUGUCAACAAGAGUUUGGUUUAAAAAUAGAUCCCAAUUGAUAGUCAUAAUGUUGCUGGGUUAACUAGAAGAGACUCCACAGGGGAAGCAAAUGCCUUGUUCUGUCAAUUAACAAAGGGUUGUCUGCUAGCUGGAGGGUAACUGACACUAUUUUUAACUUGCUCUUAAAGUAUCUUGGUAUCAAUUUUGUUGCAUGCUUCAUUCAGAUGACAAGUGGCACGGACUAAGGGCUAUGUCUGAAGAGAGACGUAAAAGUCUUGAGGACGCCGUCACGGAUUUAAGGGAUUUCCGUGAACAUGAAGACCAGCUGACCAGAUGGUUUGGCCAGAAAGAGAAACUUCUGGAUGUGCUUGGGCCUGUGGCCAUGGAGCCUUCACUUCUGAAAAGUCAAAUGGAACAGGUCAAGGUCAGUCACCUCCCCGCUUCAAAUCUGAACAACUGGGCGUUGGAUGUCCGUGAAUAAUAUAACAAGUCCUUAAUCAAUUUUAAAAAAUAUAUUAUUUACAUGCAGUCAACACUUAGAGAUUUGUUGAGAUUUGUUGUUAUAGUGUUAACAUGUAUUGCAGGUUUUGAAGGAAGAGUUUGCCACCCAGGAGCCCAUCUACGAACAGUUUGUCAACUCUGGUCACUCCAUCAUGGACUGGUGCGAUACCAACUCAGCUGAUGGCUCGGCCAUCUCUAAACGUAUGGAUGCUGUAAGCAAGUCAUGGAACAAACUGCAAGGUGAUUUAAUGAGUUUGUGUAGGUCUAGAUAUAGUGCUUGUUGACUUGCAUGCCAAAUCAACUGAUCAGUUAUUCAUAAGUUAUUUACUAUAUUCAAUUUUUAUGGUAAUAAACUCUGUAGAGUUGUUUUAGUCAUAAUGCUUAUACAAUCAGCAAGUAAAGAUAUUUCAAUAAAAAAAGAAAUAAUUUUUUACAUACUUUUAUCCCUGGGCUAUCUGGACAAUAGAUCACCUAUGCUUUCUGGCCAAUAUAUUACCUAGGCUAACUGGCCAAUAAAUUACCUAGGCUAACUGGCCAAUAUAUUACCUAGGCUAACUGGCCAAUAUAUUACCUAGGCUAACUGGCCAAUAUAUUGCCUAGGCUAACUGGCCAAUAUAUUACCUAGGCUAACUCACCAAUAUAUUACCUAGGAUAACUGGCCAAUAGACCACCUAGGCUAACUGGCCAACAGACCUCUUAGUCUAACUGGCCAAUAGACCACCUAGGCUAACUGGCCAAUAGACCACCUAGGCUAACUGGCCAACAGAUCACCUAGGCUAUCUGGCCAAUAGACCACCUAGGCUAUCUGGCCAAUAGACCACCUAGGCUAACUGGCCAACAGACCACCUAGGCUAUCUGGCCAAUAGACCACCUAGGCUAACUGGCCAACAGACCACCUAGGCUAACUGGCCAACAGAUCACCUAAGCUAACUGGCCAACAGAUGACCUAGGCUAACUGGCCAACAGACCACCUAGGCUAACUGGCCAAUAUAUUACCUAGGCUAACUGGCCAAUAGACCACCUAGGCUAACUGGCCAACAGAUCACAUAGGCUAUCUGGCCAACAGACCACCUAGGCUCUCAAGCCCACCAAUAUGAUAAAUAACUCACAUCCUUAUUUAGACCAACUUGGCAUUGUGCUACCAAAUAUUAAUUGAUGUAGUUGAUUUAUUUCCUCCCCUUGUCUUGGGCUGUGAGGUACCUACAAAAAUGUCUUCAUUGUCAAGAUGUAUUCAUUAUGAUUAGUUGGUCAUCAACUUGUCUAACAAAUCUACCUGCAUAACAUUGGCGGGUCAUCCAAUACAUUCUAACUGAUAGAACUUUAUCUACCUUAUAACCGAGUCCAAUUUCUCAACAGCCCGCUUGCAAGAGAGAGAGAAGAGCAUCGACUCAAUCCGGGGACUCAGCGGGGAGUUCUCAACCGUGACCAGAGACCUGGCCAACUGGCUCGGAGACUUCAGUGACAGACUGGACGCCCUCCCUAGGGUCAGCUCCCAGCCUGACAAACAAAAAGUUCAAAAGGAAGAACUGCAGGUCAGUUUUGGAAUUGUACAUGGCACUGUCUGUGUCAUCUGUGUGAACAUAAUAACAUGGUAGUAGUAGAACCAAACAAGAUUUUAAGUUACUGAAUUUUAGUGAUUUACAUUAAUUAGAACCAUUAAAUGAGGAGUUCAUUUUCCUUCAUCAGGAGCUUGAAGAAGAAAUGAGAAAUAAACUACCUCAGAUUAGCAAAGCCAAAGACUUGUGCAAGCAAUUGUGUGACAGUGCCAAGGACCCAGCCACAAAGUCAGACUUGAGAACCAAGAUGACAGCUCUGGACAAAGACAUCAAUGACACUAUGAAGAAACUAGGUGAGAGAAGCUAUCAUAAUAGGACAGAUUUCACCUUUCAUCAUUGUAUCUUUGUUUUUAUGAACUGUGGUGAAAUUUUCAAUUGGGCAAUGUGUGGCUCACUGGCUUGAUAGAGAUAUUACAUGCACCCUUGACCAAGAGGGACCUAAGGAAUCUUAAAGGGGGAAAUUUCUCUGACUGUGUUACCAAACAAGUUUAAUAAACGAACUCUAAAUUCAACGUCUACUCCCAAGCCACACAGCCCCAAGUCACAUACCCCAAGCCACAUACCCCAAGCCACAUACCCCCAAGCCACAUACCCCCAAGCCACACUCCCCCAAGCCACAUACCUCCAAGCCACAUACCUCUAAGCCACACAUACUCCCAAGCCGCAUACCACCAAGCCGCAUACCCCCAUGCCACAUACCCCUAGCCACACACCCCCAAGCCGCACACCCCCAAGCCGCACACCCCCAAGCCGCAAACCCCCAAGAUGCAUACCCCAAAGCCACAUAUCCCAAGCCGCAAACCCCCAAUCAACAUUCCCUAAGCCUCACACCCUCAAGCCACAUACCCUAAGCCACUUACCCCAGGCCGCACACCCCCAAGCUGCAUACCCCAAGCCGCACACCCCCAAGAUGUAUACCCCAAGCCACACACCCCCAAGCCCCAUACCCCAAGCCCCACACCCCCAAGCCCCACACCCCCAAGCCACAUACCCCCAAUCCUCACUCCCCCAUUAAUUAAGCCUCUGAUGUUGAAAAUUAUACCUUUUUAUUAUUUUUAUAUUCUGUGAAUGCAAAAUUAUAGGAAAUUCAGGUAAUCUUUUUUUUUUUAAAUGACCAUCUAGAGCAGUGUUUCAGUAAUGUAUACUAUACUUAUAAUAACACUAUGCUUAAAGCAGCAUUAUACUUACAUAGACUUACUUACAGUAGCCUUAUUUAAUCUCAUACUGGGCUAUUUGUCUUAUCUGAUUGUAGAGGCUAGAGCUGAUGCUAUUGAUGAAGCCUCUAAGCAAGGUGAAGAGUUCAAGGCCAACUGUCAACAGAUGUUGCAAUGGAUCCAAACCACGUCUGGUAUUGUAAUGGACUCGCCUGGCCUUACUAGCGACCCUGACCUAAUACAGAAACAGGCGAUGGAAAACAAGGUCAUUGUUAUGUUUGUUAGCAAUUGCAAAGAAAUUGUGGGGGGGGGGGGGGGGGGGGGGUGUUUUUUUUUUUUAAAAAUUAAUUUUGUUAUAUGUGAAAUGGAGAUUUGUGUUUGUUGCUAAAGAGUUUUGGACUAUUGCCACAUUAGAUUUUUUUAAAACUCAAUUAUUCUCAUUUUCUAAAACAUGAAAUAAACAUAUGAUGUUGUCCUUGAAAUUUAUGGUACUGAUUACAUUUUGAUGUGUCAGUUUGAGGUUUAUAACAGUGUUUCCCAAAUGCCGGGUCAGGGCCCCGAAAUCAAAACACCAGGUUACUGAAAGAAAAAAAGAAAAUGGUUACGGAAAAGUAAAGUUUGGGAAGUGCUGGUUUUGAAAUAAAUAAAUCCUGAUAUGUUAGGCAUUUUUUUGGAACAUUAGAAUAUUCAACCAUCCCAAUUUUCAUGAUAGACCAUCAAACAAGAACUCAAUCUGAAAGAGCAAGAAAUCCGCAGUCUCCUGGACAAAGGUCACAAAUUCAUCCACGAGGCAUCCCCUACGACAGAAACCAUUGCCAUCAAAGAUACACUGGGCCGCCUGGAAUCUGAACUCGGAGAGCUCAUUGAAGUGGUCCAUGAAAGAGAUGACAAGAUAAGCUCGGCCGCCGUUCAUGCACACGCGUUCCAACAAAACUUGGAGAAACUGUCCUGGUGGCUUGGAACAGCCGAGGAAAAACUCAAGAAGAUGAUCCCUGAGAGUUAUGAGAAAGCCAGUGUUGUGGCCAAGAUGAAGGAAUUGCAGGUAAGACUGAGAGUUAUGAGAAAGCCAGUGUUGUGGCCAAGAUGAAGGGAUUAAUAAUACUAAUAAUAAAGUUUAUUUCAAAAACACGCUUCAACCCCAAAGGCUCAAAGUGCGAUACAAAGUCGGUACAAAGUAAAAAAAAAAAAAAAUAUUUUAUUUACCACAUUUAAAACAAACGCAACACUACAAAAACUAAUUACAAGCAACCAAGUCAAAGUCUUUCUAGCCAUUUCAACCCUAAGCAACACAGCCAAUAUGCAUUAACUGGAAAAUAUGGUAGUUGCAGGUAAUGGCCACAUUUAAUCUAUUUAUAUUCAUAAGAAUAUUGAUUUAAAAUUAAGAUGAUGUGCUGGUGCCUUCUCAUUUGAUCUUAUAAAUUCCACAUUUAAGUAAAGUAAUAAAUUAUUGUAAUACUGCUUCCUGUAGGUCAGGCAAAAAUUCUGUUCAAUCUUUGGUUUAAAUGGGCUUUUUUUUUGUUUUAUUGAGUUCUAUUACUAAAGACAACGUAGGUGUGCUUAUAUUUUGUAAAAAAUAAACUCAACACAUUUGUUACUCAAUUGUUGAUUGUAGAGGUGUGGUAAACAAGGGAUUUAUUGGAAUAUUCCUUCAAUAUGGAAACUGAGUUUUUAAAACCAUUCCUUGGUGGUUUUUGUUCUCCAGGCUCUACAAAAUGAGUUCUUGAAGAAGUCCCAUGAUUACGACAACUUCAACAGAGAGGCUGAUGCCCUGCUAGAAACAAUUGAGGAUCCUCAGGGCGACCUGAAAGGACAGAGGAAUGAAGUCAACAAAAGAUGGGAGGCCAUUAGUGCAGGUCAGCUGAUGUCAUUAAGUCAUGGGCUGGGGUUGGAUCAAGAGGAGAAAUUAAUGAGGCUUUGGGAUAAAAAAAACAACUCCUCUUGUAUGUUUUUUUUUUUAAUAGCAACUCUAAAGGAAGCUAUUGCAACAAUAAUUGACUAAGACACAGCUGUUAGGUUUUAGUGAAUGUCUAAAUAGUUCUGGUUUGUAGUGGAUUCGGUUUGUCCAUACCUUUCAUCUUCAAAAUGAAUUGUUUCUCAGGUUUGAGUGAAAAAUCCCAAAACUUGGAAGAUCUCCAAGGCCGCCUGGCAGAGAUUGAAGACAACAUGUCAGACACUCGACACACCUUGACCAGAUGGGAGGACAAACUGGCAGCUCACAUGGACAUGGGCACUGCAGCCAGGGACCCCAAACAUAUUGACAAAAUCAAGGUAGUGUACAUAAUACAACACAAGUAACGUAAAGGUAAUUUUGAAGGAGAGCCUUUUCCAAAUGAAGUUGGUUCUUAUGGCCCCACACAUAACACUGUUUCUUUUUAGCAUAAUGUUACAGCAGGAGACAAAUACGUGCUAAAAGUCGAUCUAAGUUACAGGGAUGUAAAGGAAGCUUAAACUAUUAACUAUAAUAAAAUAUCCAACGAGACCUUAUAACACAUUUGGUGCCAAGUUGUUUGUAUUCAUUGAAUUCUUAAACAGGCCCUCCAAGAGGACAUUGUAAGCCUGCAGUCCAACCUGGACUAUGUAGAUGGACUUGUUGAUGGCCUGGACCAAGAUGAUGGUGUUGACCCAAGUAACCUACAGGACGCACUGACGGCUCUCAAAGAAAGACAUGCUCAGCUGGAAAAUGAAAUAGGAGAAUUACUUUCUAAUAUGGAGACAGGAUCUUCCAUAGUUGGUCAAUUCCAGGUAAGGAUACUAACAAUGCAGUGCCUGAAAUGGUCUGAACUAUAAUAGCCACACAUUUUGAUCCCUUUUUAAUAAAUUUUAUGUUGCCAGAACUGAUAUUUAACUGAUGAAUUUUGCCAGAACCCAUAUAUUUAACCGAUGAAUGUUGCCAGAAUUGAUAUAUUUAAUUUAUGAAUUUUGCCAGAUCUGAUAUAUUUAACUGAUGAAUUUUGCCAGAACCCAUAUAUUUAACCGAUGAAUGUUGCCAGAAUUGAUAUAUUUAAUUUAUGAAUUUUGCCAGAUCUGAUAUAUUUAACUGAUGAAUUUUGCCAGAAUAUAUAUGUUUAACUGAUGAAUUUUGCCAGAACCUAUAUAUUUAACUAAUGAAUUUUGCCAGAACUGAUAUACUUAACCGAUGAAUGUUGCCAGAACUGAUAUAUUUAACUGAUGACUUUAUCCCCAGGACAUGAUGAAAAAGGUUGCAUCAGAGCUAUCAGAUCUUGAUAAUGAGCUUUCCAAGUUUGGGCCUGUCUCUAGAGAUGAAGAUGAGUUGGAUGGACAGUUGGCUGAAAUGAAGGUAUAUGAAGCUCCUACAUAUUUUUUAGUGACUGUCAAUCUCAAACACUUGUUUCGAAUACAACAAUAUGUGAUUAUGUUUGGCACCGUUCACGUUUGUUUGUUUUUUUCAUUCGAGCAGACGUUCCAGACCGACUUGUCCAAUAAAACAGAGCCCAUUGCUGACCUGAAGGAGCAAGCCAGAGACCUACAGCUGGCUGGCUUUGUUUCUGACCCUGAUCAGCUCAACAACCAGGUAAUGCAUUGUUGUAGUGCUAUAAAGAUGUGUUUUUCAUAUCUAUGAACCAAUGGUUACCGUGAGGCCUAACUGGGUGAGUGAACAGUUGGAGAUAUUAAUGGUGGAACUGUGUCUUGAGUGAACAGUUGGAGAUAUUAAUGGUGAAACAGUGUCUUGAGUGAACAGUUGGAGAUAUUAAUGGUGGAACUGUGUCUUGAGUGAACAGUUGGAGAUAUUAAUGGUGGAACUGUGUCUUGAGUGAACAGUUGGAGAUAUUAAUGGUGGAACUGUCUUCAGUGAACAUUUUGAUAUAUUAAUAUUUAACAAUGUGUUGCAUAAAACUUGAUCGAAAACUAGAGUUCUUGAGUUGAACAGGUGCUGUUUUUUGCCCAGUAUUAUUGUAUUAUUGACUCUUAAGAGACACUUUUGGUAGACACUGAUCAAUCUUAACCUUUAAUGAAUAGUUUUAAAAUUGACUUCUGAGUGGAGGUGAGGGCAAGGGUCAAGUUGAAUGUUUUAUUAAGAAUCUUGUUGUCUGAUGACAACUUUAUUUUAUUGCUACUGAGAAAGGUCUGUCCCACUUUCACAACACAGAAUGUCAAAACACAUUGUGUCCCACCACAAUGAAUGUAUGUUUGCAAUAAAUAUUUUCAACUUCAUUGUCUCAGGUGGAAGCAGUUCUGACCCAAAGGGAUCGUCUCAGAGACAAGGCUGACCAGCGGCAGGCAGAGAUAGAGAGCAACCUAGACAAGGUCAAGGAAGUCAAUGAAACUCUCAAAGCCCUGCGUAAGAAGGUGGACGGUGCGGUGAAGACGAUCGACUCCAUGAAACCUGUGGGCAGUGAUGCUAACCAGAUCAAGGACCAACAAGCAGAACUGAAGGUCAGUCUUUCUAAACUUUGGAAUACUUUUUUUAAUGAAACAACACUAAUGGUAUUAAACUUUGUUUAUCAGGCUGAAGAGCUCAUGCCCAAGUGGCUGCUGGUACGGAUGAUGAACUUAGGUCAUUUUUAGAGGCCCACAUAUUGGGGGCCUUUUAAUGCUGUCAACUUAGAGAUGUACAUAUUAGGGGCCUAUUAAUUCAGUAUUCUUAGAGACCCACAUAUUAGGGGCUGUAUUCUUUAGAGGCCCACACAUUAGUAACUCAUUAAUGCUGUCAUCUUAGAAGCCCACAUGUUAGCGUCUUGUUUAUACCAUUGUAUUAAUUCAGGAAGUUAAAAACGAAUUUUGGUUAGAGGAAAAAGCUACAGCAUUUGCAGAAGUCUUCACUUGCAAAUUACAAUUGGAGCAAAUUACAAUUGGAGAAGUACAAGAGUAGUAAAUGGGAUCAGAUGAUAUCUGUUGUUAUUCUUGUGCAUUUUUAUAAAAUAAAUUCAUAACUCGAAUGUCAAACAGGAAAUAUGUUAAAAAAAACUUUCCCAAUGAGAACUCUCACAAAUGCAUCUGAUUAUUUGUGGGGGGGGUUUUUUCUUCAGAAUUUCCACAAGAGUAAAGUGGAUACUCUUCAAAAAGAACUGGACACUCUUAACACUGAAAUCCAGAGCCUGAUCCAGUCUCUGCCAUCUGGUGUCAAUACAGGAGCACUGGAUGAUGACUUGGAGGCUCUACAAGGAAGAUGGUCUGAGCUCAGUGAGAAGGUAACAAAGAAGCAAUUUCAAAUAUACACUCCUUAUUGUCAAUAUUGCCCUUUACCUAACAGAUAUGUUUAUAUAUACAAGAAUUGUAUUUACCAUUCAUUCCUUAUGGAGAUUAAUUAUUAUUUUUGGUUACAUUUACUGAGGAAAGUUCUACACACAGAAAUUGACAAAAUAUUAUUUUAUUUUAGUGGGUAUUAUUUCUAAACAAUUACAAGUGAACAACAAAAAAGCUUACUUUUUAUUUUAUUUUUAUUGCAUAAUGGGAAAAAUUUGUUAGUGCUCUAUAGUUGUGUGGGUUGGUUUUUUUAUAUGUUCAUUGGAUUUUGUUUCUAAUUCAUAAACUUGAAUUAUUUUAAAAGGUGUCAGAAAGGGAGAGAAAUCUGGACAAAGCAUUGCUCCAAUCAGGCAAGUUCAAGGAAGCUCUGGCAUCAUUGCUCACCUGGCUAUCUGAGACUGAGGAGACAAUAGCCAAUCAGAAACCAGCUUCACCAGAGUUCAGAGUGGUGAAGGCUCAGCUACAGGAACAAAAGGUAGAAUAUCUUAUACAUCUUUUUUAUUCACGUUUGUUUUUACUCACUGACUUUAUGACUAAGUUACAAUAACAAAAAAUAUGUCUUUCCUUACCAAUUGUACUUGCAAGCAUUGCAUCUAUCAUGUUUUGUUCUAAAAUUUCUUUACAGCUUUUACAGAAAAUGAUAGAAGAUAGAGCGCCAAGUGUUGCCUCAGUUCAAGAGACAGGCAAACAGCUUCUGUCUGGUUUUGAUGGAGCAGAGCGCAAGAAAAUGGAAGGUGAGCUUAAGUCUCUGGAGAAACGUUGGUCAGCCAUGACCAGCAAUGCAACAGAGAGGAUGAAGAUCAUUGAGGAAAUGGCCAGUCUGUCCAAACAGUUUCAAGAUAUCCAUGAGCCUCUUGCUGUUUGGUUGGAUGUGAGCAAUAAGAAGUUUGCCUCCCUUGAGCCCAAGUCACCAGAUGCAGGCGGGAUAGAGCGAUUAAUUCAAGAUCUCAAGGUAACUUGUCUUUGUAAAUAUUACUGGUAAAACACAUUUCUUUGACCACUUACCAAAUGAUAAAACACAUUUCUGUGACCACUUAACCUUAAACGAAUGUUUUAGAAAUUCAUGUGUGCUGGUAAUAUAAAGAAAGAAUAGGAAUCAAUACAUUAACAUUACUAUGAUGAGAUACAGUGAGACGUCAUUUGUCCUAAGUGAUAUAGAGGGUUUAUGAUGAGUUACAGUGGGACAUCAUUUGUCCUAAGUGAUCUAGAGGGUUACAACAUUAACAUGUGAAAUAAUCUUCUAAACUAUUGUUGUACUUAAUAAAUUUUUGUUCAAGCACUGAAUAACAUGACAACGUAACAGUCAUAUGAUUGGUCACUAAAUGUAAAACAUGGCCAUCUCUGUACUUUGUAGAUGCACUCAUUGCUCUAACUCUAAAUAUGGAUGUGGCGUAUAAUUCAUUGAUGUUUUUGUUUCAGCACUUGCAAGAAGAAAUUGCCAACCAUGAAGGUCCUGCUAGAGAACUAGCCACACUGGGAAAACAGCUGCAAGACUUCUGUAAAGGUGAGUACACUCUUGAUCUGUCUGAACAUGCUUGAUGAAUUUGAUGAGUAUUGAUAUCCAAUAUAGGAAUGAUCCUAUCAAAUGAGUAUGUCAUCUUCAUCACUGCAUUGUGAUCAAGAUUAAUGUCUCAAAGCCUAAUGUUAAUUCACUGGCCGUUUCAGGAGAGGACGUUGUUAUAGUCCAGAUAAAGAUUGACGAGAUCCAAAAACAGUUCAGCGACCUGAAGAACAAAGUGGACGACUCGCUGGAGCAGAUGGAAGAAGCUCUCCCGCUGGCCCAACGUUUCCAGGAGGCCCAUGAGAAGUUCAUUGAAUGGGCGGCCAAGGUGGAGCCUGAGCUCCGGGGGAAGGAAACGGGAGUUGAUGCUGAAGAGGAAGUUCAGGUCAGUUCAGGCUGGGUCUUUCUUUAAAGUAAAUGGAGUAGGUUGUUUCCUGCUGCUUUUUGGUUUGAAGGAUGCCAGCAUUACUUGUCAUAGAUAAAGCAAUGUCUUCGUUUCAAAUUAACUAAUUUACAAUGUUGUCAAAAAGUAUUUUUCUGUGCAUUUAUUUUCACAAGGAAUAAUAUUGAUUUUUUUAAUUAUAAUCUAAUAAUGGAUUACCUUAAUUUUGAAGUGCCUUACCAUUAGUUCAUCGACCAUUUAGAAAAAUCGAGCUUUGUUCUGUGGAUUUCAUGUCUUUGUCUUUAGUUUUAUAGUCAUUGGCAUGAUCUCACUAAACAGGGUCUGCUGGACCAACUGGAGGCUAUCCAGCCGUACCUUGAAGUCCUGAACAAUGAAGGUGUUGAGCUUGCCGAGGUGGCCCCAGGAGAUGCCGGACUCCAUGUGGAGGAUCUUAUCAACAAGGACAAUAAGAGAUACGAGGCCCUCAAGCAGCAGAUUGAGAAGAGAGCUGAGAAAGUCAAGAAGUCGCAUGAGAAGUCACUGGAGGUACAAGAAAACACACGCCCACUCAAUAGUUUAAUUCUGAGCUCAUAUAAAAGACACGGAAAUUUGUUUGUACUGUUGACGUAUAUUUCAGAAUAUAUCAGAUAUUCUUGUCAUGCUUUGGACAAAUAUUGGCUUGAAAUUAUUUUUAAUUAACAUAGUUGAAAAUAUGACAUUAACUUUAAUUAUUAAAAUUUAUUUUCAGUGCAUCAAUGAACUGGAUGAUCUCCUGGAAUGGUUCGACCAAGGGGAGGAAACCCUCCAGAGCAUGCCAUCCAUCCCAUCUCAUCCAAAAGAGUUACAGCAGCAGCUCGCUGAGACAAAGGUAAAACUCUGAUGUUAUAUAAAUAAGAAAUGUGCACAUGGCAGAGGGAAAACCUGAAGAAGAAAAUACACUCAAAAAAAUUUUUCCUGACCCCUUGUCUAUUUCUGAUUGCUUCAACCUGAACGCAGACCCCCACCCCCCAACCGCUCCUCCCCAUAGUUCUGUGAUAUAAAUACUGGUAUUCCACAUUUCUUCAAACAGGUAACACUUGAUUCUUAUCAUUAGACCAACUAAAGUGCUAAGACAAACUCCUUGUUAUUUCAGGCAUUCAAUGAAGAAGUGGCUAACCAAAAGGUCAAAGCAAGAGAUGCCAUUACUUCAGGCAAGAAGUUCCUGAGAGACUCCAGUCUUGAAGAUGAAGGCGUGAUCAGAGAAAAGAUCCAACACCUGAGAAACAAGUCUGACGCCCUGAGCUCCUCCGUUGCCGAGAGGCUGAGCGAGCUGGAGCAAGCCCUGCCUCUGGCCAAAUCGUUCCAGGAAACACAUGAAGACCUGGUCACGUGGCUGGCAGAGGUCGAGCCCACCCUGGCUGAACUGGAGGUGAUGACUGUAGACGCUAACCAGGUCAAGAAACAACAGGAAUCUAUUAAGGUAAACUGCGUGCCUUGUUGGUAUCAGGGAGUGAUAGGGAGGCUCCAUCUUUUCUUCCAAAUCUUUUACUUUUAGUUUUGUGUGAGUAGUGAUGUCAGAAUGAUACCUUUUAGCCUUUGACCAAGUUCAACCUGUAAGCUUUGGACUGAGUGGACACACCUACCUGUUUUUCACUUUCAUUCUACAAAUUUAAAGAUGAAGGCAUAGUUAUAAAGAUAAAGAUGGGACAGGUAUAAAGAUAAAGAAUGGAUAGGUGUGAAGAUAAACUAAGGGAUAGGUAUAAAGAUAAAGAAGGGAUAGGUAUAAAGUAGAGAAUUACAUUUUUUUUAAAUAUAUUUCUUUAACAACUUGUCCGUUUGCAGAUGUCUGGUGAAGUUUGUACUUAUCCCCCAUUUUCCUUCAUGUACAAAAUAUAAAAAUGCUGUAUCCUAAAGAAUAAACCAAACACUUUUUUUAUGUUUCCAGGCUCUAAAACAAGAUGUCGUUGACCACAAGCCAGUGAUUGACAGACUCAACAAGACAGGCUCGGCUCUUGUUCAGCUUAUUAGCCCUGAUGCGGCAGAGGAGGUGCAGACCAAGCUGGAUGAUGACAACAAGAGGGUGGAGGGCAUCAGGAAUGGGGUCAGAGAGAGAUCCAACUCUAUUGAUGCAGCAAUGCAGCAGUCGGCAGAUGUAAGUCAUGGUCUGUGGGGGGGGGGGGGGGGCAGACUAGAGGAUGGAGGGCAUCAGGAAUCGCGUCAGAGAGAGUUCCAACUCUAUUGAUGCUGCAGUUGGCAGAUGUGUCAUUGUUUAGUGUACAUUCAGUCACCAGAGUUAAGUCAUUGUCUAGUGGACAUGAUCAGUUGGUAAUAACCUCAUACAAAUCUGUUCUUCAUAGGAGAGAUCUUAUCAAAUGCUGCAAUCAUAAAGUUAAUAACAGUAUUUUUAAAACAUCAAAGAACAACACAAAUGUGUUUAAUUGUAUAAUAUUGCUAUGACUUUUCCCCGUCUUCUAGUUCACUGAUAAACUUGAGGACAUGUUGGAAAGCCUUACCACCACAGCUGAAACUUUACAAAAUGCUGAGCCCAUUUCUGCACACCCAGAUAAAAUAAGAGAACAGAUUGAUGAAAAUAAGGUAAGAGGUUCUGAUACACUUAUCAAAUAAUGGGGAUGCUAUGGUCAGGGUUAGAGUUUAAGUAAAUAUAUAUUUAUAGAUGUUAAGACAGGAAGCUGGCAAUGUGACAUAGAUGUUGGCUGAACCUGUAAUUUUGAAAAAAUCUUGUAAAACUACAUAUAAUUAAAAGUAUUUAUUUUUAGAUACUUAAAUAGAAUCAAAAUUGAAACAACACAAGAACAUUGACAAUAUUGAUGACCUGUUUGUCUAAAAUGUAUUGUAGACUGUUGAUGAGGACAUGCAGAUGAGAUCCAAUGCCCUGGAGUCUGUGAAAGAGGCAGCUGAUGAACUACUAAAACAAGCUGGAGAUAUCACAGACCCAGCUGUUCGAGGUUAGAUCAGCUUGCUUAUCAGUUACUUUAAGUUUCGUUUAUUUUCUCACUCUUUUCAUCACCAUCUUUAUUUCAUCAGCAAUGUCAGAUGACUUUAGUUAGACUUUAAUUAGAAAAGCUUUACAAUAGGCAUCAGGACCAACUAUAUAUAUACUAUUUAAAUAUCCAGGAUGUGUGUAAUUAAGGAAUACACACUCGUUUCAGUAUGUAUUGUAUCAAUAUGAAUCAAUUUUAUGAUAUAUAAAAAUAAAAUUGUUUCACCGAUCUUUACAGAUGUGCGUCAGAAACUUGAAGAGCUCACCAGACUCUACAAUGACAUCCAGAACAACUGCCACGACCGUAGCAGAGCCCUUGACGAUACUCUAGGGGUGGCUGAGAAGUUCUGGGAGGACCUCAACAACUUGUCUGUCAACAUCAAGGACCUGCAGGACAACCUGAGUGGUCAGGAGAAACCUGCCUUGGUGCCUGAAUCUAUCAGAGAACAGCAGGAGGAACUAGAGGUGAGUGGGGCUUUUCAUGGAAUAAGGGGAAUAGUUUUAGGAGAAAGAAGGGUGAAUUUGGGCUUUUCAUGGAAUGGGGGGAAUAGUUUUAGGAGAAAGAAGGGGGAAUUUGGGCUUUUCAUGGAAUGGGGGGAAUAGUUUUAGGAGAAAGAAGGGGGAAUUUGGGCUUUUCAUGGAAUGGGGGGAAUAGUUUUAGGAGAAAGAAGGGAGAAUUUGGGCUUUUCAUGGAAUGGGGGGAAUAGUUAAAAAAAUUAAGAUUAAUAAUUUGGAGUGAUUAGUUUUAAAUAUCUCUUAUGAUUAUUGUAAUGAAAUGGCUCUAAAUGUUUGUCGAGUGCAAUAAUUUAUUACAAUAAUUAUACAAUUUAUUCUAAAUACCAAUUUUGUAAUCAUUAUAAAGCAUUUGUUCACGAUGCUAAUUUCUUGUACUAACCAGGCAUUCAAGGAAGACCUGAUAGCCUCACAGGCUGACCUGGAGGACCUCCAACAGACAGGUGACCAGCUCAUUUCACUUAUUGGAGAACCUGAAAGACCAGAGGUCAAAAAGAACUUGGAUGACACAGAGACAACGCUCAAUACCAUCAGUGAUCAGGUAAAUUCACUGUAGUCUGACCACCACACUAUUAUCUGACCACAAAACAAUAGUCUGACCACUAAACUAUAGUCUAACCACUACACUGUAGUCUGACCACUACACUAUUAUCUGACCACUAUUGUCUCACUACUACACUGAUGACAGUUCAGCUAUAUCCUGUUGUAUGUUGCAUAUUAUAAAUGAGUGACCACAGUAUUAAAAUAUAUUAUUUAAUGUUAUCAAUUAUUAGAAAUGGAUUUUUAAAAACAAUGAUAAGUUUGUUUAUCAGCAAUGAAAAACUUGUCAAGCUACUGAGCUCUUAAUGUAAAGAAAUGUUUGUAUUUAUUUUUAUGUGACACUGAAAAUAUGCCAAGAAGAUUAACACUGUUGCUAUUACAGGUGGAGAAGAGAUCCAAGUAUCUGGACGAGGCUCUGGACAAAGCAGUAACCUUCCAAGAUGAACUGCAGAAGAUGUUGGUCUGGCUGCAGACACAUGAGGACACGCUGAAAGAGAUGGAGCCUGUAGCUGCAGAGUUUGAGGAUAUCAAGACUCAGUGGAAUGACAUUAAGGUCAGAAAGGUUACACUUGAUUCCUAGAGACAGCCCUGUAACAAGCUAUAUUUGUGCCCUGUGUCUAGCAUGAAUAUGGCGCCCCAACAUUUUGUUACCUAACCUAAAUUUGAAAUAUAAAAUUCAUUUAUCAGUAGAUAAGAAAUCAAUUUGAAAAACCAAAUGGGACAGGCAGAAACAAAACAAAAAUAUUUUUAAAAGGAUGUUUUCAAUUUUAGUUAUAGUUUUCAGAUCUGAAUUUAAAAAAUGAACCUAUGGAAUAAUUAAAGUUACUCCAUCCUGAAAUAUGCUCCUUCUAUAUUUGUGCACUGUGCCUCGGCACUGCCCUUGUUACAAUACAGAAUGUAAAUAUAAUAUUAGUAUUAUAUAUAUAAUAUAUAUAUAGUGGUUAGCUCUUAGUUUUUCCUCAUCAUAACUUUCACAUUAAGACAAAGGUGAUUAUUGUAAAAUAAUAUUUUCUAGUGACACUCUUCACUCUUAAUAAGAAAUAGAAACAUAUUUUUCAAAUUGAGCCACCACAGCAUGUCAGUAUACUGAUGUAUUUAUUUCUUGUUUAGGUUUUCAAAGGCAUAGUGGACCCACAACAUGUGGCUGUGGAGGCCUUGAACCAGCAGGCAGAGGAAAUGUCCAAGGACUGCACAGUUGAGCAGGCAGCUGUUGUCAAGGAACCCGUUGCAGAAGUUAAUCAGAGAUGGGAGGGACUCCAGUCUGACAUUGGAGACAGACAGGUAAUCAAAUUAGAAGAAAUUUAUUCAUUUUUAUAAUCUCAGCCUUGCCAUAAUAUUAUUAAAUAGUUGGCUCUUAGUAAAAAUUUAAAUAAUAUAUAUUUUAACGUUUUAAAUUUAACAAGUAUUUAAAUAAUUAUUUCUCAUUAUAUAUAAAUAUGUAUAAAUCUCCCCGGCAUGUAUCAAAGGUAACAUUCAGAAUAAUAAUUCACCAAGGUCAGUGAAAUGUUUUUAAACAAUGGGCGUAACUUAGAUUUAAUUUACCCAGCUUGUAGAAAUAAUUUUCUUUCAAAUCUGAGUGGUGUAACUUUAUUGCAACCUUUAUUUAAAUUUUUCAGAGAGACAUCCAGAAGGCUCUGAUAAGUAUGGGCCACUUUGAUCAGGCUUUCAAAGACUUUAAGUCCUGGCUUGAGACAGCAGACUUCACGCUAGAGGAGCUAGAGAUCAUCUAUGGAGAUCCUAAACUGAUAGAAAUAGAGCUGGCCAAACUCAGGGUAAGAAAUAGAUUUGCUUAAACUCAGUGUAAGAAAUAGAUUUGCUUAAACUCAGUGUAAGAAAUAGAUUUGCUUAAACUCAGUGUAAGAAAUAGAUCUGGCCAAACUCAGUGUAAGAAAUAGAUCUGGCCAAACUCAGUGUAAGAAAUAGAUCUGGCCAAACUCAGUGUAAGAAAUAGAUCUGGCCAAACUCAGUGUAAGAAAUAGAUCUGGCCAAAAUCAGUGUAAGAAAUAAUCUGGCCAAACUUAGUGUAAGAAAUAAUCUGGCCAAACUCAGUGUAAGAAAUAGAUCUGGCCAAACUCAGUGUAAGAAAUAGAUCUGGCCAAACUCAGUGUAAGAAAUAAUCUGGCCAAACUCAGUGUAAGAAAUAGAUCUGGCCAAAUUCAUUGUAAGAAAUAGAUCUGGUCAAACUCAGUUUAAACAAAAACUCAUUCCAACUUUAUUAGGCUCCAAGUGCAAAUUUCUACUGAAGGUCCAGUUUGUGAAACGUUUGUUCCAUCAUAUUAUACUAUUUUCUGGUUAAAGCUGUUUCCCUCCUGAAAGUCUUUUCAUUACAUCUCUAUUUAGCUUAUCUCUUUACACUUUCAACAAUUUUUUUUAAAACUUUAUAAAUAAAUGUAAAAAUUAUACAGAUGACAUAGCCUAGGAUUACUUAAUUUUUGGGUGUUGACAUGCAUGAGAAAAUUGUGAUUGAAAGUUGAACUCAUGUUUUGUGUGUGUUUGAUCAUUCUCCACUUGUAUAGGUUUUAAAUAAUGACAUCUUGGCCCAUGAAGAAAGUCUGAACUCUCUGAUUGAAGAAAGUAAGAAGAUUAUAGCUAAAGAGAAAGGCCCGGAGGCUGCUAAAAUGAAAUCCAAGAUGGAUGCACUGGAAAUGGAGUGGGAAGCUGUGAAGGAGAAAUCUGGCAAGAAACAGUCUGAACUAGAAGCAGCUCGAAGAGAGGUCAGUGGCAGCUUUUGCUGUUUAUAAGCUUUGUGUGUAUCUUUAAGUCAAGUCACCAUAUCAUUCAUAUAUACAAGGGAUAUAAAAGCCUCAAUUUAGAUCUAAAGCAGCAGUCAUUAGAGUCUGUUGACCCACUUCCAGUUAAUGAACUAAGCCAUGGAUUCAAAUGUGGGUAGCAAAAUAUUCAACAGUUUUACAAAUCAAUUCAUAACAAGGUCGUUUAUGGACAUUUCAUAAUUAAAAAUUCAUGUUCUUGAUGAUAAAAGUUGAUGUUAUUGCAAGCGUACUUUUGCAUCAUUGUGCCAUUUAUAUUUCUGUGCAUCAGGCUCGGGGUUUCACUGAAGAAUUGCAAGACAUGCUGUUGAAGAUAAGUGACCUUGAUGGUCAGAUGAUCACUUCUCAGCCUGUUGGUGGCCUGCCUGAGACUGCCAAGGACCAGCUGGAGAAGUUCAUGGUGAGAAGCAGCAAGCUCUGACCCACUUAAAAUUCAAAUAAAUGCUCAUCAUUUUCUCUUGUCUGAUUACUGAGAAUUAGAGAAUUGAUUAGAAGUCAAAUCAUAGGAUAUUUUUUUUUCUUUUUUUUUUUUUUUUUGGUUUUUAGAAUAAUAUUUUUUAAGAAAAGCUAAGCCUUUUAAGGGGAAAAAUUUUUAAAUAUAGAAAUUAAAUUAAAGUAUAUUCAUUUAAUAAUUUUUUUUUUUUUUUUUUUUUUUUUUUUUUUUUGGCUAUUAGAAUAAUAUAUUUCAAGCAAAGCUAAGCCAUUUAAGGGAGAAAAUCAUGAAAUGUAGAAAUUAAAUUAAAGUUUAUUCAUUUAAUAAUGUCUUAACUACUGGACUAGAAGUUUCCAUAAGUCUUCCACACUCUGUAGCCAGUUGCCAACUAUCACAGUUGAGCAGAAUUUUCUCUGCAGUUUUGUCUGUCUAGUGUGUAGACCUACUUUAAACUUUUUAUGUUUGCCCACUGGGUAUUCUUAACAUUAAAGAAGUGUUUUUGAAAGUGAUCAUUAUGUCAUUGAAUAGGAUGUGUAUGCCAACAUGGAAGGCCUAGAGCCAGCAGUGCAGAGCCUCCAGCUGAUGUCUGAGAAACUAGCUGUCAAAAGUCAAGGAGCCCCUGCUUCCAGCAUCAGACACAAUAUGUCAAAUCUGCUGCAGAGAUGGGAACAUCUACGUAACAGAGCUGCAGACAGAAAGGUAGGGAAGUGCAAUCAAUGUCUAAAGACUCAAUACAUUUUAUGAUUGGCUCAAGGCACUGCAUGAUUGACUCAAGACAUUGCAGGAUUGACUUGAGACAUUUUAUGAUUGACUCAAGACAUUGUAUAAUAAUUGACUCAAGACAUUGCAUGAUUGACUCAUGAAAUUUUAGAAUUGACUCAAGACAUUUCAGAAUUGACUCAAGACAUUUCAGAAUUGACUCAAGACAUUUCAUGAUUGACUCUAGACAUUUCAGAAUUGAGACACAUGCUUCUAUUUACUUACAGAAAAAAUUGGAAGAUGCUGUUGGUCUGGCUGGAAACUUCCAUGCUGAAUUGAACAACUUCAUUGGUUGGCUGACUGACACAGAGAAGACACUCAACAACCUUCAGCCUGUCAGUAGAUUGGUAGACAGGGUCACACGACAAAUAGAGGACCACAGGGUAUGUUGUGUAAACUGCUACUAAAUUUAAUUAACUAUCUUCACUGUUAUAUAUGGCAGAAUUCAUUUUGUAUUUUUCUGAAGCAAGCAUUGUUAAUCCUUAGAAAAUGUGGAGAAAUCAUGGACAUUGGGCUCAAUAAACUUUUUUCUUUAGCCCCAAAAAAUACAAAGGGAAUAAAGUAAUAAACACUCCCUUUUUCUUACUUUUUUGGAAAUGUAAUAUCAAAAACACAGAGCAACAAUUUCUUGCUACUAACUGAUAUUCCUAUUGUGGUAGAGCUUACGCUCUUAAAGCCCAUGCAGUACAGCGGCAACCUGGUCCAUCUGCUGGGCAGUGCCAUAUAACAAAGUCUGAAUGUAGGACUCUCCCAUUGCCCUACAUAUCCAAAGGAGCUCAAAGUCAACAGAUGCGCUACUGUGUCUGGGGCUGGCAGAUCAGGUCACUGUUGUCUAGCCUGUUGAAGUAAGAGUUAGUGGGGCAGUCUUUUGUUGGCAUUUGGGUCACCAGACUCUGGUUAUCUGUGACCCAGUUUCCACCAGGAAUUAGUUCUGCUAGGAUGUGGCAUGUUAACAAAUGCACCUCUGGCCCUUGUGUUGUCUGCCAGCUAUCCGUACCACGUUGUUUUAAAGUGGUCAGCCAGCCAAUUUUCGACACAGAGAUAAGUGACUGGUGUUUCUGGCUGGGACUGGGCAGCCCCGUUUUUUGUAAGCGUGUCUGCUCUUUUAUUGUCCUUCAUGUUUACGUGGCUUGGAACCCAUUGCAGCGUUACCUUGUUUCUAUUUGCUCAAUCCUGCCCAAGCCUUGCUAUUAAAUAAAUGCUCUGUCUAAAGAAGUUUAUUUCGAAACAGUAACUGAUAAAAGUGCAGUAAACCACAAAAUUUGGGAAAGCAUUUUGACAAUUUAAAAAAAAAAUAAUAAUAAUUUUUCAUUGCUGUCAUCGUGACGAAUUUUUUAAUUGCUGGGAGGUCUGACUUGUUUUGUUGUUUUCUUUUUCCAGCUGCUCCAGAAAGAUGUGAGUGGUCACAGGGAGGCCAUGUUUGCCCUAGAUAAGAUGGGCACCCACCUGAAGUACUUCAGUCAAAAACAGGAUGUCAUCCUCAUCAAGAACCUGUUGUCCAGUGUCCAACACCGGUGGGAGAAGAUUGUGUCCAGGAGUGCUGAGAGGACCAGGCAUCUUGAGAGAGGUUACAAGGAAGCUAAACAGUUCUAUGACUCGUGGAAAGACUUGAUUCAGUGGCUGACGGAAGCUGAAGCAGCCCUCAACUCGGACACAACUAUCAGUAAUGAGCCAGAGAAAAUCAAAGCACAGAUUGCCAGGCACAAGGUAAUCGUAUGAUGACAGUAUUUACUCAGCUAAACUAAAGCAUGAUAAUCUGCCGUUUAUACAGUUCUUAUCUGUGGACACAUUUUCUUAUAGGAACAUUAAGCUUCUCUCCCUCCUCACACUUUACCUUACCUAACCCCCCAAAAUGUGUUAACAUUUUUUCAAAUAAAUUAUAUUCUUAGGAAUUCCAAAGAAGACUUGGUGCCAAACAGCCUGUUUAUGAUGGUAUCAACAGAGGGGGCAGCACCUUGCAGACCAGGUGUCCAGCUGAUGACAAACCUGCCAUUCAGUCCUUGCUGACAGAUCUGAAGAACAGGUGGAAUGCCGUCUGUGGGAAAUCAGUGGACAGGUCGGUCUAAAUAAGUUUCUCUGUGAAAUGAGACAUACUAUAACUGUUAAGAUGGUCACUCAGUGAAAGAAGUCAUACUAAAUCCAUAAAUAUAGUUUCUUUGUACAACAAGACAGACUAUAUCCAUAAAUAUAGUUUCUUUGUACAACAAGACAGACUAUAUCCAUAAAUAUAGUUUCUUUGUACAACAAGACAGACUAUAUCCAUAAAUAUAGUUUCUUUGUACAACAAGACAGACUAUAUCCAUAAAUAUAGUUUCUUUGUACCACAAGACAGACUAUAUCCAUAAAUAUAGUUUCUUUGUACAACAAGACAGACUAUAUCCAUAAAUAUAGUUUCUUUGUACAACAAGACAGACUAUAUCCAUAAAUAUAGUUUCUUUGUACCACAAGACAGACUAUAUCCAUAAAUAUAGUUUCUUUGUACAACAAGACAGACUAUAUCCAUAAAUAUAGUUUCUUUGUACCACAAGACAGACUAUAUCCAUAAAUAUAGUUUCUUUGUACAACAAGACAGACUAUAUCCAUAAUAUAGUUUCUUUGUACAAGACAUACUAAAUCCAUAAAUAUAGUUUCUUUGUACAACAAGACAGACUAUAUCCAUAAAUAUAGUUUCUUUGUACAACAAGACAGACUAUAUCCAUAAAUAUAGUUUCUUUGUACAAGACAUACUAAAUCCAUAAAUAUAGUUUCUUUGUACAACAAGACAGACUAUAUCCAUAAAUAUAGUUUCUUUGUACAACAAGACAGACUAUAUCCAUAAUAUAGUUUCUUUGUACAAGACAGACUAUCUCCAUAAAUAUAGUUUCUUUGUACAACAAGACAUACUAAAUCCAUAAAUAUAGUUUCUUUGUACAACAAGACAGACUAUAUCCAUAAAGAUAUUUGGAUAAGACCUUCCAUAUUUUGCUCCAUUGUAGUGAUGCUGAAAAGAUUUUAAUGUGUUGUCAUGAUAUAGAUUACUUCUUACUUUGGUUUGUCUCCCAGACUGUUUGGGAACAUAUUCUCUUGUACAUUGAACUACCACUCAGAUUUGGAAUGCUUUAUUUUCUUAUAGGAACAUUAAACUUUUCUUCCUCCUCACCCUUAAUUCAAAUACUAUCUAAUCCCCAAACAGACAACGCAAGCUGGAGGAAGGGCUGCUAGUCACGGGUCAAUUCACAGAAGCUUUACAGGCUCUAUUGGAUUGGCUUGCUAAGAUGGAACCUUCCCUGGCAGAGGACACCGCCGUCCAUGGUGACCUGGAUACUGUCAAUGGAUUUAUGGAAGCUCAUAAAGUAAUUCUUAGAAGAAAAAAAUAUUUGACUGCCUUAAAACUGAUUUUACAAAUUUUCAUUAAAAAAAACAGAGUAGAACUUCUUUUUAAAAUACUGUACAUUAAGUAAUAGUCUUAACUGCUGCUUCAGAAAAAAAAAUUUUAAUGUAUUUAUUUCCCAACACAAUCAAGAAAUGACUUACCUCCCACAUCCCCCUAUUUUUUAAAACUUUAUGUACAAGUGAACAAAGGUCAAAUAACAGUUUUAAAAAUAGAUUACAAGCUCAAGCUGAAAUAAAAUAGGGUAGAAAUAAUACAGAAUGUGAAAGUCUUAUGUGUAACAAGGACCAAUGAAAUAAUAGAUUAGUCAUUUAUAUGACUGGUCAGAAUGUGAAAGUCUUACGUGUAACAAGGACCAAUGAAGUAAUAGGCUAGUCACUUAUAAGACUGGUCAGAAUGUGAAAGUUUUACGUGUAACAAGGACCAAUGAAAUAAUAGGCUUGUCACUAAUAAGACUGGUAAUUUAUUUAUUGUUAAUAGAAACAAGUUUAUUGAUUGUUGAUUUGUUGACUCUUGACAGGCUUUCCAACAAGAGCUCGGUGCUAGGGCAAACACGGUUCAGUUUGUGAGGAAAUCAGCCAAAGAACUGAUAGAGAAGUCAACGGAAGACAUGUCUCAUGUGCAGUCUCAGCUGAUAGAGUUGUCUGCCCUGUGGGACAGGACAUGCAGGUUGAGUGUCAGCAAGCAAGAGAGAUUAGAACAAGCUCACAGACUGGUAAGUUGCCAGUUAGGCUUGGAAGUAGCUCACUUAUUACUUAAGUUACAUUAUUCCUAUCUUCAACUGCAUUGUGUGACAUUAAAAACUUUUAAAUGGCAUGAACAGAAAAUUAAAAUCUUUAAAAGUACUGGUAAGAAAUAAUGCCUGUACACUAACCUGUAAUAGUAUUCUUAGACUAGUAAGUGAUGCACAUCAUCACAGUUAAAAUGUAGAAAAUGGCAGGCUUAAAUAUAUGAGACCAAACUUGAGCAGGUGACAGACCAAAAUUAAGUUUUGUAUACUUUUUAGGCUGAAGAGUUUGACAAGAAAGCUCAUGGCUUGUUGGACUGGCUGGCAGAUUCUGAGAGACAGUUGAGAUUCAAGGGUCCCCUACCAGAUGAGGAGGCUCAAAUCAUUCAGCAGCUUGAGGACCAUAAGGUACCACUUAUUAAUCCUAAGAAUCAUAGGAUAUUUCUGGAUACUUAUAAAUGUUUAGCAAAUAGAAUUGAUUUCAAACGUAUUUCUGUUACAACAACAUUUAUUCCCCAACAGAAAUUUGAAGAGUCCAUGCUUCGACAAGAAGCCACCCUGAGAGAAACACUGAACAUUGGACAAGACAUCAUGAAGAGAUGCCACCCUGACGCCGUGUCCACCAUGAAGCAUUGGUUGGGUGUGCUGAGGACAAGAUGGGAAGAGGUUGGACAUAUUCCUGUUGUUUGCUACAUAGUCAGGCCUAACCAAAAAAAUGCAAAUUUAAAACCAAUAAAAUAAACACAUAGACAAAUAUUUAUUCAUAAACAAGAUAUGUUUUAAACAAAGGAUCCAUGUCAUCUUAAACUUUAAAAGUGGUUUUUAACAUUUUUACAAAAAAAGUAUUCUUUUUCAUUUUAAAACACGUAUUUUGUUGCGUUUUUUAAAACAUUAAAUUUCUCAAACGUCUACCAGAGAGAACAUUUUUUGCAUUACAAAAUUUCAAGAGACACUUUGGUCCGACUCAAUAAUUCAAAUGUUUCUUCUUCUCAGUUGAUGAGCUUAAGUAGACAACGACAGAAGAGAUUGACGGAGGCCCUGGCCACUGCUAGACACAAUAACAUAUUGUUAGAUGAACUUCUCGCCUGGUUGAAUGGUGCAGAAAUUAAGCUUACAGAUCUAGAUCAUGAACUCAUUCCACAAGACCUGCAGAUCAUUCAGGACUUGAUAGCACAGCAUCAGGUAGAUAUAUUUAUACAGUGCAAAAUUUUAAUAUAUUCGGGUACAGAUAAUUUUUACAGUGCUAAAUCUAAAUAGCAUCAGGUACAGAUGUUUGUACAGUGCCAAAUCUAAAUAGCAUCAGGUACAGAUGUUUGUACAGUGCCAAAUCUAAAUAGCAUCAGGUACAGAUGUUGGUACAGUACCAAAUCUAAAUAGCAUCAGGUACAGAUGUUUGUACAGUGCCAAAUCUAAAUCGCAUCAGGUACAGAUGUUGUACAGUGCUAAAUCUAAAUAGCAUCAGGUACUGAUGUUUGUACAGUGCUAAAUCUAAAUAGCAUCAGGUACAGAUGUUUGUAUAGUGCUAAAUCUAAAUAGCAUCAGGUACAGAUGUUGGUACAGUGCUAAAUCUAAAUAGCAUCAGGUACAGAUGUUUGUACAGUGCUAAAUCUAAAUAGCAUCAGGUACAGAUGUUUGUACAGUGCUAACUCUAAAUAGCAUCAGGUACAGAUGUUGGUACAGUGCCAAAUCUAAAUAGCAUCAGGUACAGAUGUUGUACAGUGCUAAAUCUAAAUAGCAUCAGGUACAGACGUAUGUACAGUGCUAAAUCUAAAUAGCAUCAGGUAGAGAUGUUUGUACAGUGCUAAAUCUAAAUAGCAUCAGGUACUGAUGUUUGUGCAGUGCUAAAUCUAAAUAGCAUCAGGUACAGAUGUUGGUACAGUGCUAAAUCUAAAUAGCAUCAGGUACAGAUGUUUGUACAGUGCUAAAUCUAAAUAGCAUCAGGUACAGAUGUUGGUACAGUGCUAAACCUAAAUAGCAUCAGGUACAGAUGUUUGUAGAGUGCCAAAUCUAAAUAGCAUCAGGUACAGAUGUUUGUACAGUGCUAAAUCUAAAUAGCAUCAGGUACAGAUGUUUGUAGAGUGCUAAAUCUAAAUAGCAUCAGGUACAGAUGUUUGUAGAGUGCCAAAUCUAAAUAGCAUCAGGUACAGAUGUUGGUACAGUGCUAAAUCUAAAUAGCAUCAGGUACAGAUGUUUGUAGAGUGCCAAAUUUGAGUAGCAUCAGGGACAAUAUCAUCAGCAGGAGAUUUGAUAGCAGUGCUAAUUACUCAACUUAAGGACAGUCGGUGCCAUUAAAUGAUCACUGAUGGCACAACCUGAUUGAUUGACUCUUUUGACUCUAUAAUGUUAUAUUUGAUUCCUGUGAUUCACAUCGUUCUCCUUUUAACUCAGCAUGGGAUCAGUAAGGCCUCCUUUUAACUCAGCAUGGGAUCAGUAAGGCAUGAGACAAGCAUUCUGGCCAAAUAAAAAUACAUAAAAAGAAAAUUAAUUUUCUACAAAAUAAAAAAAAGUUUCAUUCUAAAAUCCAUUCAUGUAUUCUUAAGAGUAGAACAUUUUUAAGUUAAGCUAUCUUAUAAACUAUCAAAAUAUAGACGAUGUAGAAUUAUUUUCAUUCACUCAUUAAUGUAAUAAUAUUUCCAUGUAACUUGACAGGGCUUCCAAAAUCAGAUUUCAUCUAAACAGCCCGAUGUUGACCGUUUGACCAAAGCAGACAAGAAAAAAGCUGGGUCAGAUUCUCAGGGUGGAUCUCAAAUUCCUAUCUACAGAAGUGGGAGAAUGACUCCAAGAUCUAAGAUUCCAACAAUCAGGUAACCUGAGAUAUUUUAACAUUGAACAAUGAUAAAGAUGUUGCUUAUUAAUAAUUCAGUAGUUCAUUGUUAGACAAAAUUCUUAUCAUUAUAUUUCCUGUAGAGUUGAUCAUAUUGAUGGCAGACGUACACCAGACCAUUUUGGACGUAGGACACCUGACCAUUUCUCAGGACGAAAGACACCAGACGUGUCUGGACGUAAGACACCAGACGUAUCUGGACGUAAGACACCAGAUGUGUCUGGACGUCGAACCCCAGAUGUCUCGGGCAGGCAGACACCGGACCACUCAGGAAGGAGAACACCUGACCACUACUCGGGUAGACGCACACCUGACCAUUCUGGUCGUCGCACACCAGAACCAGGCUUCCACAACCCACGUGUGGGUGCACUUUUCAACAAGUGGAGACAGGUGUGGCUGAUGGCCAUGGAAAGACAGAGAAAGCUUCAAGACGCUCUUGAUUACCUCAAUGAAGUAAGUAGAGCAAUUCUCUACAGCUGCCUCAGAUUUUGUUUGUAUGAAGCAGUUACGGAGAAAGCACUUAAAGAAUUGGGGGGCAUUAGUGGAGUAUUGGUGUACAAGUGCAACUAUUAAUACAGAAAGUUCUUACAUUUUAAAUUUCUGUACAAUUAGAUAGUGGGUAGUUGUUACCCAAUGGCCAGCAUCCCCUUGGAUCGGUCACUGCUGGUCAUUUACAUGUUUGUAUGCAUGAUGAAAUGGGUGUUGAUUAUAAUCAAAUGAGAUCUCACAAGCAUGAACUGUUGUAGAAACAAUCAAAAUACAUCAGAUUAGUUACAUCAGAUUAGUUACAUCAGAUUAGUUCCUGUAAUGCUUGUCAUUCAUUUUAGUAGAUAUUUCUAAUCCCAAAGAUGACUGAAGCAAAGAAGUAUUUUUUAGUUUAUGUGUAUUGAAUACAUAGCACAGAAUGCAGCAUGCCAAAUGGAAACUUUUCUGAUUUAGGAAUAACAUUAAUGUGCCCACAGGAGUCACUGGUUGGGCCAGCUCAAUAUAAUGCAUGAUUCUUUUCUAUUUAUUGGAACUGUUCUCAUUUUCCUAAGAGUGUAUGAAUUGAUCAGUGAAAUGGUGUAAACCAUACAGAAAUGAAAAGGUUCUUGCCAAAUUUUGAAGGUUCACAACUAAGCUCAUCAAACAGUAACAAAACCUAUAGCCAGUUACCUAUUGCACUUUUCUAUAUCUCUUUAAUGGGACAUAUUGGCCAGGUUAAAUGUCCUGUUUAGUUUGGAAACUUGAAUGCACCCUGUUUAAAACUUGCAUCUCAUACACUUUUGUAACUUGCAUGACUUUUCUCAGAUUGGAGAAUGUGAUGCUAAGGUUUGUGUGUCAUGCUUAUUUGAGUUAACACUAAAACAAAAUUUUAAAUAGCCUUAAUUUUUUUUGUUUAUAUAUAUUUUUUACAAUGAUUUAGGUGUGAAUUAUACCUGUCUAUUUUUGUAACUCGACAAAAUAAAUAAAACAUUCUGUAUUUCAUGGAGGAAAAUGUUUCAGCCAAAGAAUAUCUUAACUUAUUCAGACAUCUUUUAGCACAGACAGAAAAUUUCAAGAUCUUUAUAAGAGUUUGCUACUUAAUGAAAUAUAAGCAUUUAUUUCAUUAAAUAUUACUUGAAGAGCAAAUUUAUGUAAAAAAAAAUAAAAUACCAGUUUUCCUCUAUAUAAACUUUCAUAAUAAGUGAAUUUGAGUUUUUUGCACUGAAUUUUUUUCUUUAAACCACCUCUAUAACCUUAAAAACCAAUGAGUGUUUUGUUGUCAGUUGAAUUGCCCAUUUAACACUGUUGCCAGAUUAUCUUAUGUUGCAUAUAUUUUUUAAGAACAAACUUUGAAAUUAAUAUUAAAUAUUUUGGCUCAUAAAGUGAAAAAAAAUAUUUUGCUGGCCUAUUUAAUUUUUGCAAAAAAGAAAUAAUAUGAGUGUAAUUUUUUUAAAUUAUUAGUAUAAAGUAUAAAUAAGGUCUUUGAACAUAAAAAAUACCAAUUGAAAUGUCUUGGUAUAGGUUAUAUAACCAUGUUUUUAUAGGUACUCUCCCUUUUAUAAAGAGAUGUGAUGGCCUCAUUUCAUCAGUGAUGCACAAAAUUUAAAAUGAUUCAUUUUGCACUAUUUGUUAGCCCCCAUCUAGACCUGUAGCAACCUUGUGAAACACAGUUUUUGAUAUUGUCUAUAUAGUAUAUCUAACCACAUCCUAAAUGUGUGGGUGAGAAAUUUGCUCACUGAUCAGAUACACAGAUAAAUAUAAUAAUGCUUUCAUAUCUAACCAGAAAUUGUUCAGUUUACAAUUGAAAUUAAUGUUAAAAUUGAAUUGGGUUAUUUGUUAAUAUUAUGAGUUGAAAGCAAAUUCUUAAAUUAAAGUUUUUUCAACACAAUUAAAUAAAAUACCAAUAUUUGACUGAAGAAAUAAUAUUUCUAAAAAUUGCAUUUUUUAAGUUAAGAUUUGUUUGGUAAAAUGUCUAAGGUCUUGAUGACAUCUUGAUAUUUGUAAUAAUUACAACUAUAAUUAUUAUACUUUAAGAUCACAUUUGUCUUCAAAUUUAACUUGCUUGUGGAAAUUAGUGGGGAAGGGAUGUAAAGACUUGUUUACUUAUGAAAAUGUUUUUAUCAAUAUAAAAUCUCUUCUUGUUUAAGUGAUUGAACGAACAAAAAUAUAGAUUGGGGUAAAUUUUUAAAUAUUAUCAAUAAAGUUUUUUAUCCUUUCAUUAAAUGUUAUAAAAUUUGUAGCCGUUUUUUUUUUUUUUUUUUCAGUAUUUUUUCAACAUUUUUUUCUUUCCAUUUGCACAGCUUGAGAGGCUAAAGAACUUUGAAUUUGAAGACUGGCGCAAACGAUACUUGAGGUGGAUGCAUCACAACAAAGCCAGAAUCAUGGACUUUUUCAGACGCCAGGAUCGGGAUCGAGACGGCCGAGUCACAAGGAAAGAGUUUAUUGAUGGCAUUCUUAUGUCCAGUAAGCAGUACAUCCUAAAAAAUUGUUUUUUGCAACAAAAAAAUACAUUUUUAAGCUAAACAUUGUGAUAGAGAAUCAUGAUCUGAAUUUGUUAAUGAGCCAUAUGUUUUGUACAGCACAUACUUUGUUGAUGAGCCAUAUGUUUUGUACAGCACAUACUUUGUUGAUGAUCCAUAUGUUUUGUACAGCACAUACUUUGUUGAUGAGCCAUAUGUUUUUACAACACAUAAAGAUAUCAUAAUUUUUUGCAACAGUCAUUUAAUUUAAUUGUGUUUAACUCCUACAUAAUAGAAUUCCCUACCUCCAAACUGGAGAUGGAAGCAGUGGCAGACAUAUUUGAUAAAGACAGGGAUGGUUUUAUCAACUACAAGGAGUUUGUUGCAGCUCUUAGGCCUGACCGAGAUGUGAGUAGGGAGAGGAUUAUGGUGAUUAUAUCCCAAGGAUACUAGUGUCAACAAAAGUUUUUUUUAAUCUUAAUAUUGUUCACAGAAGAUUCUAAUUAUGACUAGCCUGAACCAUUGUUUUUAUUUUUACCAGCCCAAGCCAGAAACAGAAUCUGAAAAGAUUAUGGAUGAAGUCAAGAGACAGGUGUCUAAAUGCACUUGUGUCAAACAAUUUAAAAUACACAAGAUUGGAGAAGGCAAAUACAGGGUGAGCAUAGUGGCCUAACUAUAGAUUAAUUGAUUUAUACCAGAGUUUUAGGUGAGGUAAUGAAUUAUACGCACUGUGUUAUCGAACCUGCCACAAUAAUUCUAGACUCUUCUUUUUUUUCCCCUUAUGAACAAAUGAAUUCAAAGAGUUGGCCAAAUUGAAAUGAGUGAAGAGCAUACUUUUUAACUAGUUUCAGUUAGACUAGGAAGGAAAUUAAUGCAUCUUAAAUAAUUUCUUCAAUGAAAGUUCUUUAUUGUUUGCAGUUUGGAGACUCCCAGAAACUCCGUUUGGUGCGAAUCCUCCGCAGUACAGUGAUGGUGAGAGUUGGUGGUGGCUGGAUAGCACUGGAUGAGUUCCUGGUCAAGAAUGACCCAUGUCGAGGUAAGUUAACCAGGACCACUGGUUUUUAUUAGAUUAUCAGUUUCAAAUCUUGCAAUUAAAAUAUUUGUGAUUUAUUCUUUUUAGUAUUAUUUUAAUUGUAUUUUUUUCAAAUUUCAUUUAUUAAAUUUUUUUUUGAUAAAGAAAUUGUGUUUUUAUUCAAAGCAAAGCACAAGCAAACAUGCCAAGAUUUUGUCAUUCAUUAGAUAGAAACAAGUUUAUUUCUUCAUGAGUUGCGAAAGCAAUUUGACUCUAUAGGCAUGCCAGGAUCAAGUCUUAUAUUUCAUGACCAUGUGGAGUGUUUUAUUUCAUUGUUAUAUAUAAGGUGUUUAUGUAAACAUUCACCAUCAAAUCCUUUCUUUUGUUUAAAGAACAAGAAAUAAACCAAUCAAAUUAAGGUUAAAUCUUAUCAAAUAUUUCUGUUAAUUUCAUGUCAAAGUAAUUCAAGCAAAACUUAAUAGUUUUACAAUUUGAUUGUAGAUCAACAUUACAUAAUGAUUAAUUUGUUUUCUUUUAUGGGCAGAAUUUGUUGAAAUAGCUGGUAACAUGAUCUUAAUUGUAUCCCAUUCAAUAAUAAUUCAUAUGGAUCUGGGCUAAAUUAUUUGGUUUAAUUUUUUUAUUAUUAUUUUUUUAAUUCCUUAAAACUAAUACUCCUAAUAACUGAGUUUAAGAUCCCAAUUUUAGAAAAAAUGAUUUGAAUGGCCAGGUGAAACCUUUUAUUUAGAAUAUUUUUGUUUUGUUUGUGGGUUUAACCUGGACUUAACAAUCAUUUGGUGUAAUGGUACCUUCACCCUCCUCUUUAAGCAAAGUUCCUAUCAACGUAAUAUUAAAUAUUUGUGGUUUUAUAAUACCCGGUAUUGAAAAAGAAAUAAGAGUGAUCAAUUUUAAUUGACAGAGCAGAGUCCAAGCAUCUUGAUUAUUUCCCUUUGAUUUAAGUUGUUAGAACUUAAUUGAAAUAUGUUUUGUAAACAAUGCAGAGUUCAAACGUCUCUUGUCUCCCCGUAGUAGUAAGUAUGAUGAAAGAAAGGAGAGAAAUGUGUAUUCAGCAGUCGCGGCUUCAGUUUAUUCUCUCACAAUAAUAUCUCAUCCAUUAAGCAAUGCUCCGACUCCCCAUGCAAACACCAAUUAUCAGCUUAAAAAAGCUUAGCAAAUGUGACUUUAUUCCAACAUAAAGGUCACCGUUGCAAAGCUUUAGAAUGCAUAUAUUAUGUAAACUAGUGUCUAUUAUUAACUAUAUUUAAAUUAGUGGCUCAUGAAUGAGAGGUCUUUAUCAUAAUUAGUUAAACUUCCCAAAUCUUUAAUGGAAUAAUGGUAGCUUUAUCCCCACCAACCCAUUUUAUUUUAUCAUUUUACUAAACAAUUCUUCAUCAAAACUUGUAAAAGCUUCCCUUAAAAUCUGAUAUGUUAUGAUUUAAAUUUACGACUAAAUAUUUUACCAGCUACAAUUGAUAUUAUUUACCAUUAAAUUUUUAUUUUUUUGGAGGAAAAGAAAUUAUUUUAAUGAUGGCAAAAAGUUAAGUUGUGGAUUUACUUAUUUUACUCUCCAUUUUUUUCCUCCUUUUCUUUUAUCUCAUUUAGAUUGUCUAAUUGGUGAGAUGACAAAUUUGUUUGAUGUGAAAGCAUUCAAAUUUUCAAACUAUCAUUUUAAAUCAAAAGUUUGCUUCCCAGCUUUUAAUGUUCUAAGUUGUUUUUUUUUAUUAUGUAUUUUUUUUUAAUUUUAUUAACUUUAGAAUUAAAAUCAAAUCAGGGAAGCAAUACCAUAAAGACUAAUUAAUAAAGCUUCAUUUUUUCCCUGAACAAAUGUUAUAUGGGUCUCAUGUUUCCUAUACGCACCCUGUAUUAUUAUAUAUUACUAUUGCAAACUAUAUCAUUUCUAUCAUCAAAUAACAUAAUUUGUUGAAUUCUUUAAUAGGAAAACUUGCCAUUUCCUAUAAAUGGGGUCUCCAUAAUGUGUAUUCUGUAAGAGACAUUCAAUGACUGACGCUAUAUUUGGAACCAGAGAGGUUUCAUGUGUAGUUCUUCAUUGAUUAUUUCAUGGACUAAAUCACCUAAAUAUGCACAUGAUCCUUUUAUUUAUUUUAUUUUGCUAUUAUAAUUUGAUUGUUUCAGAAUCUACUAAAAUAAAAGGCCUUGUCCAGGGUUGUGUGGAUUUGUUUAAUGCUGGACAUUGCUGCACUCUAUAGAAACGAAACAUAUGAAUUUUAAACAGUGGUCAAAUAACAAAUAUAUCCAUUUCUUAAAAUGCAUUCAAAUGUUUCCAUUCUGUUAAAAAUUGAUCUUGAUAAAUGUGUGGUAUUAUCAAAGCUUUGUCUUUCAUUGUGAGAACAUUUAUCUUACUAGUUCCUAUAGAAGUAACCACUAAGUAGGCCUUAAAUUGUUACAAGCUUUGUUAAAUUGCCCCCGUCCAUCGUGGCAUUGGUACAGAUCACAUUUAAAAGGAAUACUUGAUCAUAUUUUUUAAUUCUAUCUAAAUCCUACUUGUGUGUGCCUUGAAGCACAAUAUCACAACCUUUCACAAAUUAACUAUCAUUCUUUUAAGCAAGCAUUGCAUUUGUUGUUGUUGUUGUUUUUUUCUUGUUGGAUUUUUUUUUUUUUUUUUUUUUUUUUUUAAUUUUUUUUGCUUUUUUUUUUUUUUUUUUUUGUUAGUUAAUUUUUUUUGCCAGUGAUAUCUAUAUUAAACAAAAGCUGCUGUAGAAUGUCACCAAGUUGUUGUCAUGAAAGGGAUUAACAAGCUGACUUCAGAUAUUAUGAUAUGUGCCAAUCUUUGUUGUGUUGAAUUAUAUCAGGUUGAAAGAAUCAGUCUUUUCCAAAGACUUUGUCUUAAAAUUCAGAUAGCAGCUUCCAUUAGCAUUGAUCAAUACGGUGAUACAUUUUUAUGUUGGCCUCAUAGAGCCUGGGAGUUAUGGAUAAAAAAAAAGUUUGACAUCCCUCAAACCAAACCAUCAUCCCAGUGUUUUCAAUCAUUUAUUCUGAGUGUCAAAGUUCCCUGGAUACUCAUAAAUCUCACAUUUCUCUCUAUGAAUGUUAUGAAAAUUUCAUUCAAGGAAAACGUGGAAAUUAUUUAGCUGUUUUAUAUUUACUCUUUUAGUGGAUUGAGGUUCUCUCAUCACUCUCUCUCUAUAUAUAAAUAUAUAUAUAUAUUUAUCUCUCUCUAUAUAUAUAUAUGUAUAUAUCUCAUCCUUUUUCAAUAAUUUUUGUAUGUAAAAUAUCUUUUCACAUUUUUGAUGUCAAUGGUCAGUUCACACUGUGGAUUUGUUAUUGGAUUCUCAACUUUUUGUGAACACAUGCUACUAAUUGUCAAGAAAAUGGGGCCACCAAGUUUCAUUUUCAUGGGUGUUUGAACUAUUGCAGUAUAUUUUCUGCUGGCGAUAUACCGAAACAUGCAUUAUCAUAAGCUGACCGGAUAGUAGCAUAGCAACCUGUAGCAAAUGGAUAAAUUUUAAAAAACAUGAUGGAUUUAUUUUCAUCUUACUUGUUUACAAAUGUUUUAAUUGAUUGCAGCCAUAUUUUGUAGUUCAAAAAUUUGUGAAAAAAAAAUUAAGUUUAAUUUUUAUCUGAGUGGGCAAGAGAAGAAAAGAUUUUACCGGAACAAUGCCUUUUUUUUUAAAAAUGGAAUUAUUAAUUUUCUCGUUCAUGGGUAGUUAUUGAUAAAAUCAUAUUUUAAAAAAAAGAAAAAUGCAGAAUUUAUUCAUUUAAAGAGCCAUAUGCAGUAGCAGGUGGCUGUCCAUUGCAGUAGCAGGUAGCUGUCUGUUUCAGUAGCAGGUGGCUGUCCGUUGCGCUUUCACAUAAAUUUAAAAUAAAAAAAAUAUAAAGAAAAGUUCUGCACCUGAUGCCACAUUUGUGCAUGCUCAGUGUGAACAUCUCCAGGGGAUAUCUGUGUCAUGGAUUCUCACCUUGAAUUCACCACUAAGCUUUGUGGAUGAAACAAAGCCGCAGUGUGGAUGCAACAAAGCCGCAGUGUGGAUGCAACAAAGCCACAGUGUGAACGUACCUUUAGAAACAAUUUAUUCUGUCUUUUCUUUUCUUUUCUUUGUAAAUGUGGCAAAAUAAGUUAAAAUAGGUCUUAGUGGAAAUCUUAUCACUGAUUAAACUAUUAAACUGUGGCCUAAUAAUGGACAACACCUUACAAAAUGCACUCACCUUAAAUGUUAGUGAAACUAAUGUGGCUCAGCUAAAUACAGUUUUUGUCAUUCUGCUUCUGUUUUUUUUUGUUUUUUUUUUAUCCCAGUUCAUCACUGUGAGCUUUCUUUUAACCUCUGUGAUAAAUAAUUAUUUGUUUUCAUGUUUUGUGAAGCAAGUUUAUUUUAGUGAACAAAUUUUAUUUUUUGCCCAAUGACUUAUUUAAUUUGUUUUAAUUCAUUUUUUUUCAAUUAAGUUUUUUUCUUAGCUCAAUGAUUGUCUCCUGAAUGUACUAAGUUAUCUAAUCCCUAAACUACAGUAACCUUAGAAUACAUUUGAAUAAGUCUAAUAUAAGCAGAGUUUACCUGGUACAAAUAAACGCUUUAAGCACAGGAGUUUUUUGACAUCAGAUCUGGGCAGUUAGCUUAAGAAAUCAUGGACAGAUAACUGAAGGGUUACCAUAGUAUGGGAUGAUGCUCCCUGGAUCACCUUAUUGAACUAUAAUCAGUAUAUGCCAUUUGUUUAUUAUCAAUUUCUAUUCAAAUAUACCUUUUACAUGAUGCAUUUUAUUCAUAUUGAAUUUCUCAUCAUACUUUGCAUUCAGUAGUUUAAUCAAUGCCAACUGUUCUUUCUUUAAAGUUGGCCUAUGGCGUCGCAAGCAGUUCCGCCUUAAACGACGGUACCUCCACCAGAACAGUGAAGAAUGUACGUUACUUUAUAGGCAUCAUGUGAAGCAUUGCCUGCAGUCUUAACAUUUUUUUCCCUGUGGAUCUGUGGCCCUUCCUUCAGCAAUGUGGUGUUGUGGUGUAUUUUUUGGUUCCACAGUGGCUUUGUCAUUUUGGUUGUUGAACUUCUCUGGUCUGCUUAUUUUUGGGCUUCAUGCCGUCUUUUUGUUUUGUUUCCUAAUUUUAACAUUUAUAUUUUUUUUUAAUUUCAGCUUGACCCAACACUCAAGACAUUCCAUCUUUAUCCUUAUUUUAACUGCUUUUUUUUUUUUGGUUGUUUUAUAUGUUUGCUGAUGGUCAUACUGUUGUGCUAACUUUUUAAGCAACCAUCUUUUUUUUUCCAGAAUUCUUUUUAACACUGAUAAAAUUAAAUUUUAACUUAGUUUGGUUUAUGAAUAGUUUGUUUUUUGGUGGAAGGAUUACUACAUUUAUUUUUUUUUUAUUUUUUAAUGUGGUGUUGUGGUGUAUUUUUUGGUUCCACAGUGGCUUUGUCUUUUUGGUUGUUGAACUUCUCUGGUUUGCUUAUUUUUGGGCUUCAUGCCGUCUUUUUGUUUUGUUUCCUAAUUUUAACAUUUUUAUUUUUUUUUAAUUUCAGCUUGACCCAACACUCAAGACAUUCCAUCUUUAUCCUUAUUUUAACUGCUUUUUUUUUUGGUUGUUUUAUAUGUUUGCUGAUGGUCAUACUGUUGUGCUAACUUUUUAAGCAACCAUCUUUUUUUUUCCAGAAUUCUUUUUAACACUGAUAAAAUUAAAUGUUAACUUAGUUUGGUUUAUGAAUAGUUUGUUAUUUGGUGGAAGGAUUACUACAUUUAUAUUUUUUUUAUUUUUCAAUAACUUGAAACACGUCGACCAGCAUGAGAAUUUUUAUAAAAAUAAUCUUUUAUUUUUCAUUUAGACCUUAAACUUAAAGCAGUAAUACUAACUUCUGAAUAAUACACACCUUAUUUUAGGCUUAUAAAUAUGCUGAACCAAGCUGAUUGUGAUGUAUAUAUUCAUAAGUGUGUGAUAUAUCGGUGCAUAUGUGUGUGAUGCAUAUGUGAGUGUGUGCCUCUGGCUUAAGAGAGCACACAUAUAAUUUCAAUAAAUGUUGAACCUAUCACCUAUCUGGCCUCCAUUACACAAUAUACCUUUAUAAUUCCUUCAAUGGUAAGGAUGUUAGUGUAUUUUACCAUGUUUAUUACACAACUGUAACCUCUAGAGAUUAUCUAGGUCAACUUUUUCUCAAACUGUAUUGUGAUGUGUUCAUUGACCUGACUGCCAGCAUAGACCAUUAGAAUUAGAAGUAAUCCAUAACAAAUAUUUUCCUUCUAUUCUUGCUCCAAGCAACACACAUGACUCAUCAGUUUUAUUGAGACUGUAUACAGUUCUAGAAUGUUUAUUCAUAAUUAAUAUUGGGGUUUUGGUACUGCAAACUAAAGUGAGGUGAAAGCCUAGCACCAUAUUCAUAUAAUUUAUUAUAUUGUUUGAAUAUCUUCAAUGAAAAUAUUUGUGUUUAUUUAAAUCAAAACUUUCUAUGAUUUUAGAGCCAAACUGUAAAUAGACUUAUGAUUUUAGAGCCAAACUAUAAAUAGACUUGAGACAAUGUCAACAAAUUGGUGUGUGGCAAGAUUUUUUAAAUUAAAUUAAUGAAAAUAAAAGCAAAUGGGUAUGAGUGAGCACAGUCUAAUCAAAUGGGUACAUGUGGGCCAUGUGGGCCAUAAUCUAAUCUUAUCAUAUUUUUAUCUGUGCUGUUCCUGACAAUUUUUUUUUUUACUUGGGGUGUCAAUGAAAUUUAAUAGUACUAAUGGGUUUUUUUAGAUGAAAACGUUGUCCACAUAAAUUUAAAUGUCGGUGGUUUCAGUAAUAAAAAGGUUCUGAGCAUUAAUUACAUGACUUCCUGUGGUGUGUGUUCAUGGGUUGGGCUUUUGUCACUGACUUGGGGUGUCAAUGAAAUUUAAUAGUACUAAUGGGUUUUUUUAGAUGAAAACGUUGUCCACAUAAAUUUAAAUGUUGGUGGUUUCAGUAAUAAAAAGGUUCUGAGCAUUAAUUACAUGACUUCCUGUGGUGUGUGUUCAUGGGUUGGGCUUUUGUCACUGACUUGGGGUGUCAAUGAAAUUUAAUAGUACUAAUGGUUUUUUUUAGAUGAAAACGUUGUCCACAUAAAUUUAAAUGUUGGUGGUUUCAGUAAUAAAAAGGUUCUGAGCAUUAAUUACAUGACUUCCUGUGGUGUGUGUUCAUGGGUUGGGCUUUUGUCACUGCCUCUAUCACAUGGGUUGGGCUUGUGUCACUGCCUACAUCAGUUUUCAUCUAUUUGUGUCAGUUCUCAUUGAUGUCUUCAUAUCACUGGAAGUGAGGUGUCCUCCUACUAAUGCCACCCUCCCCAGUAACCAGCAAUUAAUUAAUUAACAGCAUUUUCAAUGUAUGCACUAAAUUAUUGUCUUCUGUUCGGAUGUCUGAUGUCAAUGCAUUAAAUACUUGUCUUUACGUCAGUAGGAUUAUUUUCAUUGCGUGUAUGGGAUAUUUACAGCAAUGAGCACACUUCAGUUUUUUUAAACAGGCAUAAUAAUUGACUAUCUGGGGCAGUAAUCAACUACAAAUUCAGCAGAGUCUUGAUGUGUGACUUGUCACUGUAGCUGUAGACUUGUCACUGUAACUGUAGCCCAUAGAUUUGGACAUGUUGGUAUGGGCUAGGGUUAGAGUCCAUUCAGUUCAGUAGAUUAGUUUCUAUUUCCAACCGCUCUUCCAAACCUUCAGCCCUGUCUAUUGGAGUUCCUCAAGGAUCGGUCCUUGGGCCGGUCCUUUUCAUCCUCUACACUAAACCUCUAUCAUCUCUCAUUAGCCACCACUCAGUUUCCAGUCAAUCCUUUGCUGAUGACACUCAAAUCAGUGACUCUUGCUUUCCUGAUCAACUUGAUGCCACAAUCCUUCGCAUACAGGAGUGCGUGGACGAUGUAAAGCGUUGGAUGACUUGCAACAAACUGAAGCUAAAUGAUGAUAAAACGGAAAUCCUUCUCAUCCACUCUCAAAACAAACCUCUCCCUCCAUUCGCUCCUUCUUCUAUAUCUAUUGGCAACUCUGACAUCACACUCUCUCCCUCUGCCAGAAACCUUGGAGUCACUCUUACGGACACCCUCUCCAUGGACAAACAUGUCACGAAUAUAUGCAGAUCAGCAUAUAACGAAAUUAGAAAAAUCAGCACCAUUAGACACCUCCUCUCCUUUGAUGCCACAAAAACUCUCGUCUCUUCACUCAUUCUUUCAAAAUUUGACUACUGUAACAUUCUUCUCUCAGGCAUUCCUCAACACCACAUAGAAAAACUUCAGAAGGCACAGAACUCAGCAUGCAGACUCAUUUUUAAAUUAAAGAAACAUGACCACAUUCAACCACACAUGCGGCAACUCCACUGGCUUCCAAUAUCCUCUCGCAUCAAAUACAAGUCUUCCAAUCUUUGCUUCAACUCGUUCACUGACCCUCACUUUCCUGUCUAUCUCUCUGAACUGUUGCUUCCUUACAUCCCCACAAGACAACUACGUUCUUCCAUUGACAGUAGAACCCUCUCAAUCCCAAGAACUAAAACUAAGACCAUCGGUGAACGCUCCUUCUGCUUCCAUGGGCCCACGUUCUGGAACCAGCUCCCCUUCCAUAUACGUCAUAGUGAAACCUCGUCCAGUUUCAAAAAGUCCCUUAAAACUCAUCUGUUUAGGUCCGCCUAUGACCUGUGAUGCACCCUCCUUGCCCUACCUAAUUUUCUGUUUCGGUUUAAUCCUGAAGUGUCAAAGUGUCCUCUUUUUAUAGCCAUUUUCAUUGUUUCUAUAGAAUAGUAGUUACUAUCCUAGUGUCUCAUUUGUAUUUACUUAGUUUACUUGUUUUAAUAAUUGUAAAGCGCUUAGAGCUUUAUGAUAAGCGCUAUAUAAAAAUGCCUAAAUAAAUAAAUAAAUAAAUAAAUUAGGUAACUGAUAGUGAGUAAUAGAAAGUAAGAAAUGAAACAGAACUGCGAGCACUCCAGUAAAUAAUUUACUCUCAGUAAAUAAUGCCCUAGCGUUUGGAUAUUUGGAAGCAAUAGUUUGGACACAUAUCCACUGUUUAUGUAAAUUAAUAGCUUAGAAUGCAUGUUGGACAGUAUGAAACUUUAGUUCAUUGAAUAACAUUGUAUUGCUGCACACUGUUAUUGUGAAGUGGAAGCCUAGUAACAUCACCCUUGUAAUUUUAUAUUAAAUGAGAAUUUUAUGUUUUACGAAUUUCUAUUUUAAACUAUUUUUAAAUAAGAAUCUUUUUUGUCCCAAAAUUUUAAACUCAUAUUUACAGGUAUUAAGUGGCUGAAUGCCACAGUUGAGAACCAAAUCAACUUCAUAAUCAAUAAAAAUUCUUGUUCAAAUUGGUCAAAAUUUUGCUUAUGUGACUUAACUCUAAAUGUAUCUCUUCUCUUUUAUGGUAGGAUUUUAACUUUUUGACAACUGUGCAGUGUGGGAAAAAAUGGAUAACAUUUGGGUUAGAAGUUUCAAUUUUAUUUAUUUUUCCAAAUAAUUGAAGAAUGACUAAUAUUUUUGUGUGUUUUCCUUCAUGCAGCCAAGGGUCGAACUAAUGUUGAACUAAGAGAAAACUUCAUCUUAGCCCAGGGUGUUAGCCAAUCAAUGGCAGGUUUUGUGUCCAAGUCUCCAGCAGGAAGCUCCCAUUCCAGUGGGUCGUCAUACUCUGGUCGCUCUAACAGCACCGCAAGUGGACCAAUAACUAAGGUACUCAUGGGGAGACAUUGUCUCAGCUCCAGGCGGAGGGAAUCAUGGCAUUGUGUUAUACCAGGCCUGCAAAACUCAAAAUGUACUUUAUGCAAAACUUGUGCAGGCCGAAAGAAAAUAGGACAAGGGGAAAAGCUAUUUAGAAAUUAAUAACAAUAAAGAAUAUUUUGUUACUUCACAGGCCGCAAAGUGGGUGCUGGCGUGCAGGCCUGGGUUAUACAGUUACAAAAUGUCAGACAUUUUUAUGUCAUGUGAAAAAUUAACUUCAGUGUAACCAGCAUUCCUCAUUAGGAAUCCAUGGAGUGAAAUUAUAGUCAGUAGCUGAACAGUCACACAAAUUGAUCUAUUUAAUGGGCCAUAGGAUAAAAGCUUAUAUACCAGUUUAUCUUGUACCUAUAAAAUUAUGUUUGUGAUCUGAGGUUAGGAAAGAGUCUUAUACCACUCUAUUUCUGCUAUGGUUUUCUUUUAUAUCCUAAUUAUUAAAUGAGAUAAUGUAAUGAUUUAUUACGAAUAUGUUAUUUAUCCUAUGCUUUAAUGGCUUUUAUGAUAACUUAUAGUGGCUAGAUCUCAUACUACCUGUUUGUUAGCAUUAUAAUGAAAAAAAGGGACUCGGAAGCAGAAAUACAGAGUAUUGGCCAAUAUUAGCAGUUAUUUAGUUUAAAGAGAUACUCUGGUUAUGAUUAACAUUUGAUGUUCAAGUCAACAUUAUUGCAUAGAUCCGUGAGAAAACUGUCCACCAGUCACCAUGGAAACAAACUACUAAAACCUCCCCUGAUGGUGAAGUGCAUGAGAUCUUAUCACACACGGAACCAGAUGGCACCAAAACUGUCAAACACAAAGUCACUCAGGAUCUUGCCCGCAGUCCCAGAACUUUACAAAGUCCAGGUACUUAGGGUUUUUCCAUUGAACUUAUCUUGAAAAGGCAAAAUUAAAUGGCUAAAAUUAAGAAGUAAACCUAUUGAAAUUAAACAUUAGUUCAGUAGUAAGCUUUUCAUUUAAUGCUGCUUCAACAAUUAUUUUCAACUUUUUAUUUUAUAAAACACAUUCAAAUUAAGUAAUUCAAACAAAGAAAAACUUAUCCUGUACUUGUAAAUAAUUGAUACAUUAUAAGUUUAACCAAAAGUGGGAUGGCAAAGACUGCUUGAAAUUUGCACGUUUAAUGGAUAGUUUAAAAUUAUACUUGAUUUAUAAUUUAAAAAAUUAACUAAAAUAUGAAACCAAAGUACAUCAAAGGUAAUUCAUAAUGCGUAUGCAAGCUUAUUGAGGACGAAAAAUCGUAAGCAGAAGUAACUCUUCUCUUAAAAGGUAAAGUUAUUAUAUACAGUGGAAACACGCUAUUAAGAGAAAUGGAAUUUAAUGCAGUCAAGACUUGGCAUCUCUCCUUAUAUUUAGUAUAUUCAUUCACAACUGAAAAAUAUAUUUAUUUUUUUUUAAAUUUCAAAGAAAAAGUAUGCAAAAAAGAGUAUAAAUAUAUUUUAAUUCAUUUUGGGGAUGAGUUUCUUUUGGAAUUUAAUUACAGUACCGGGUAUAAGAUUUUGGCUUCAACCCUGAAAUUUUAAAUUAUUGUACCAGGAAAAAAUGUUUCUUUAAGUAUAGUGUGUUAACUGCAGUCACUUGAAAGUAAAUUAUACUGUUUUAUUAGUUGUGAAAUUCCAAGACUAUUCACAGUGAAUCAAGUCUUCUCUUGAACAGGGUGGUAUGUUUAUGUUGUAGGCAUUUUGGGUGCAUCGAGAUGUAUCAGUAAGCCACAGGAAUUGUCUGCAAUAAAUUUUGAAUUAACGCAACCCUGAUAUUCAAGUUCAAGUCUUGUUACUAUAUAGCUGAACCCAUUAGUUUAAAUAUGUUAUUUCACUCCUUGCAGCAAGUGGCAGAACUAGUCGAGCCAGUACCGGUAACGGAAGCAGACCUACAAGCCGAGCGGGAAGUGAGGCUUCAGAUGACCAUGAAGUCUUCACAACCAUGCAGUCGGAAAAACGAAGUGUGGGAGGUCGGAACGACACAACCGUUACCUACCAGACCCAUGUGGUACAAACCAGAAACGUUACCAUGCCGACCGUGACAACUACCAAAAUUUCAAGGAUACCAAAAAUUUCACCCACAAAGAAAAAAUAAUCCAGGGUUUUAGAAACAGAUCUAAUAAAUAAAUUGCAACUACUUGUUUAUUUUUUUCUUUUUAAUUUCUUAUACUGCCUCUAAAGGGGGUUCCCCAAGUCUUUCAGAGAGUUCUAUUGUGGGUUAAAAUCAUUAAAGAAUUGAAGUUGACCAUAAGAUGUAAAUAUUCUUAAAUGACAGAUCAAUUGAUUAAUCAUGAUUGAUAACCAGUUAAUUUUUUUUUUUUAACUUUGUGAAAUAAUUUAUGUUCACUAAAGUUUUUAAAAAAUGAGGAGGCACGUAUUUACGAAUGAGACGUGAGGAUGUUAAAAUUCCUUAUAAUAUAUGUGCCAAGUUGGCCAUCCGUGGACCAAUUGACGUUUUGGUUGUAGCUUCAUUUUGCUGUCAUUAGUUUGCAUGCCAGAUUUUUAAAUUCAUUUUGUCACCCUAUUAGUUUUUAAUGUACAUAAAAUUUGUGAAGUGAAACAAUAUUUGUCAAGAAUUUUGGCAAGAUAAAUUAAUAGUCCCAAGAGUUUAUGUCAACCCAGAUUGAUGUUAAAUUGUAAUGACUUGUGGACUGUUGUUCAAAAUGAUUUGAUGAAUUAACUUACUUGUUGUUAACAUAUCACAUCUUUUCCUCACAUAACAGAAAGCUUAAUCCUACCUUAUACAUAGUGAUCAUGGGACAGUCAGAGGUUCUGUAUCCCACAAAGAUUUAAGAAAGCUCAUCUCCUUCCUUUCCCCC